UGGAAGUAUGUGCUUCCUUUGAAUUCACUGGCUCCAGAGUUCUGAUUGUUUCCUCAUGCCACAGCAUCAAGGACUCUGAACUCAUUCACACGCUUGGGGUGCAGCAGAGCUAUAAGGGCAGAGGCCAAAAGGGAGAAAACAAAGUUGCACAGAUAACUGUCUGGAAAGCUGAAAAAUGAGCUCUGCUCAUGAAACAAAAAUAAGGGGGGACAGCAGGAUGGAGCUGAUGAGCUCAGAAACAGAGGACGUUGUUAAGAGAAGCACUCUUAAGAAAUACCAGAUACUUUGUGUGGUAAGUAUUGCCCUUUGCUUCCUUUUCAAACUUUUAAUGUUAAGGUUUGUUGCAUUAUUGGCUCAAGUUUCAUUAUGUUUUAACAGUAUAAACUUUCCACGGACCAUUGGAAAUUUCCUGGCAGGGCAUGGCAGCAUAGAUAAAACUGUCGUUUUAACAGACCAACAACUCUUGUUGAUGUUCUCAGCUCACAGUCUGCUAAAAGGCGGAUACGAAUGCCUGACUUUUUCAUAGUUGAUGAAAGAAAGCCUGGCCCCUCAGCUGCAAUAUUGGGUAAAAAAUAGUAGGCAUUUGUGGCUGCUUUCUGUUAUUUAUUUUGUUCACAGCCCACUCUAGCCUAGUGGCUCAUGAUAGCUAUAUCCUAGUCUGAGUUAACCAGAGCAUGUAAGAACUAAAUAAUAGAAAAAAAUGUGUUCUGAAAUACAGGGAGGAUUGAACAGAUGACAACCACACUGCCCUUAAAUGUCACUUGUGUCACCCCCUCCCAAUCCUAAGGGUGAUAUUGCCAGCUUUGACAAUGCUUGUGAUUACCCAAUAGUGAUAGAAAGGCAGGAAAAUGUGAUUCCUCACUAUGCAUUGCACAAGUGGUUAGCACUUUAGAAGCUAAUGUGCUAUAAGUGCAAUAACUACAAAUGUGCCGAAACCAUUAUUGUUUAUUCAUCUAGGUCCUCACUGACCCUUAAAAUCAUUCAUGUUCACCAAGGCAUUUGAGGGCUGAAAGAUAUGGUCCCUGGCAAUACUGAAAUUAGAGCUCUGAGAGUAUGUGAAAACCAAUUUUUUAGAUGUUCUUAAUAUUUUUUAAAAUGUUUAAAAUAGGUUUUUAAUUUUUAGUUGCAUUGCUUGUUGUUUGCCCCCUUGGCUCCUUGGAAGAAAGGAUGGAAUUGAAAUGUAAUAGGAGUAAUAAUACUCCGGGUGGUAAUGGCAGUCCAAGGUUCCAGACAGAGGACUGCAGAUCACCUGCUAGCUAAUCUUUUUAUACAGAGAUACCAUGGAUUAUGGGACGCGGGUGGCACUGUGGGUUAAACCACAGAGCCUAGGACUUGCCGAUCAGAAGGUUGGCGGUUUGAAUCCCUGCGACGGGGGUUGCUCGGUCCCUGCUCCUGCCAACCUAGCAGUUCGAAAUCACGUCAAAGUGCAAGUAGAUAAAUAGGUACCGCUCUUGUGGGAAGGUAAACGGCGUUUCCGUGCGCUGCUCUGGUUCGCCAGAAGCGGCUUAGUCAUGCUGGCCACAUGACCUGGAAGCUGUACGCCAGCUCCCUCGGCCAAUAAAGCGAGAUGAGCGCCGCAACCCCAGAGUCGGUCAUGACUGGAUCUAAAUGGUCAGGGGUCCCUUUACCUUUACCUUUACCAUGGAUUAUACCUGAGACCUUCUGAGUUCAAGAAACAUAUGCUUCCAUGUUCCUGCAUUGCAGGGGGUUGAACUAGAUGACCCUUGGAGUCACUUCCAACUGUGAUUCUAUGUUUCUGUAACUCCCUUCCUCAAUGCCAACGCCCAUGGAAAUACAAUGUGCAUCUCCCAGGUUCAAAAUCAGGGAGCAAAUAGAAGUUGGGAAAAUGUUAAUCAACAAGUGUUAUUUAGGCUUCUGUCACGGUGUUCCACUGUGCCAGAUGCGGUUUAGUCAUGCUGGCCACAUGACCCGGAAAACUGUGGACAAAUGCCAGCUCCCUCAGCCUGAAGCGGUAUGAGCGCCAAACCUCAUAGUCAAGCUUGACUGGACUUUACCGUCCAGGGAUCCUUUACCUUUAUCUAGGCCAGGCUUCCUCAGCCUCGGCCCUCCAGAUGUUUUGAGACCCCAGUCCCCAUCAUCCCUGACCACUGGUCCUGCUAGCUAGGGAUCAUGGGAAUUGUAGGCCAAAAACAUCUGGAGGGCUGAGGUUGAGGAAGCCUGAUCUAGGCAAUUUAAUUGUGACAGCUUGCCAUGGACUUGCUGGUAGCAGAGGCAUGGUAGGAGGAACCAGCUGGGGAACAACCAAGGGAAGAAGGCUUGGAGCUUGGGGAGUGGUAGUGGUAGUGGGGCAAUGAUGAGUGGUCAGAGAGAGAAGAUGCAGAAGAGGAGGUGUUGGAAGCUGAAGCGGUAACAGGGCUUAGUGAGCUGGGAGAGUCUGGCAGAGAAAAGUCCAGAAUCAGAGGCAGCAGCUGAAGCAGGAGAGUGGAAUGAGGGUGGACGACAGGCAGAGAGUCAGGUGGGUGUCACGGGUGUCUCCCCCUCCUGCUGCAACAGGCUCCCCUCCCCACUUAUCUCCCAGAACCAGAAGAGGCAUGAAAAUGGAGGAGGAGAGUUUGGCUGCCUACAGGUGCAGUCUCCAGUUGCUUGGGAAAAGGCCUGGAGAGGAGGGGACUUAAACAGCUGUGGGGAGGUGGGGAUUUUCAGUCUUGGCUUUUGAUUUUCAUGCAGGAAGACCAGCAAGAAUGAGCUUCUCUGCUCAUUAGGCUCGACACACAACUAAGUCUGAGGAGAUUGUGUUUUUGCUAAUACAGUGGUACCUCGGGUUAAGUAUUUAAAUCUUUCCGGAGGUCCGUUCCUAACCUGAAACUGUUCUUAACCUGAAGCACCACUUUAGCUAAUGGGGCCUCCUCCUGCUGCCGUGCCGCCGGAGCACAAUUUCUGUUCUCAUCCUGAAGCAGAGUUCUUAACCUGAGGUACUAUUUCUGGGUUAGCAAAUCUGUAACCUGAAGCAUAUGUAACCUGAGGUACCACUGUAAAGAGUUCACUCCAUCUUUAAACUGUGUGAUUACUGACCCGCACACUUCUGUGGUACAGCAUAAGCUUGAGACAUAUUUUUUUUGCUGAAUAAAUGAGGAAAAGACAAACAUGACCACUUACGUAGUCUCUUAAUCUCUUUAAGCGUUCACUGGUAGAUUAUAAUCCCGGCCAAACUCCAUCAAGGUACUGGGCAGAAUAGUAGAGUGCAAAGUUACAGAAAUGAGGAACUGUUCAACAAGGACUUAAAGGAUUGGAAUGAGAGCUUAGCAUUUGAUGAGUUAAGCAGACAUGAGUUUGGCAGCAGUGCAAGGAGCACAGUGCCCUGCCUUUCCUUGACUUAAAGAAAACCCAAAUUUUCAAUAAAGUGACUUGAACUACAAAAACAAGCAUGCAGGUUGAAGUGGUUUUGGACAGAAGUUGUGGGUGUGUUUGCAUGUGCAAAAAAAUAAUAAUUUUAUUUCAUAUAAACACUCGUGUGAUCUGAACCAGCAGUGACUGAAUAGGAAUGAGACCUCAUAGUAGAUAGUACAGUGGACCCUCCAGAUACAAACUUAAUUUGUCCCAGGAGUCCAUAUUUACCCCAAAAAGUCCGUAUCUGGAGGCGCUGCUUCUGCGCACACAUGCAACACGAUAGAGUGCUUCUGUGUUUGCUGCGUUCGUAACUCGAAAUUACGUUACCCGAAGGUAAUGUAACCCGAGGUAUCACUGUAGAUAGCUUGAUAUUGACUCAGUGUGCGGCAGCUGUGAAAAGAGCCAAUUCCAUGCCUGGGAUCAUCAGGAGAAGAAUUGAAAAUAAAAUCAUGAUGCCAUAAUAGAAAUCUAUGGUGUGACUGCAUAUUGUAGAGUUGGAAAAGAGUCAGAAAAGAGGAACCAAAAUGGUUAAGGGGACUGAGCAACUCUCCUAUGAGUAAAGGUUGCAGUAUGUGGGAAUUUCCAGCUUAGAAAAAAGGUGAGGGAAAAGCAACAUGAUAGAUGUUUCUACAAUGUUUAUACAAUGCAUAGCAUGGAGAAAGUGAAUAGAGAAAAGUUUUUUUUCCAUCAUAACACUCAAACUCGUGGACAUCUAGUGAAACUGAAUCUUGGAAAAUUCAGGACAGGUAAAAGAAAGUACAUUUAGGAACGUCACUUUAGGAAAUACUUGUGUAGAUGCAAAGGCUUAUAUUUACAAGCCAGUCAUUAUGUAACUUUAAUCCUUUAAUCCUUCACUCGAAUCGCUGGUUUUCAUAAAGACUGUGGCAGAAGAGGUAGGAGGACUGAAAAAGUUCAAUAACAGUUUGGUGUUUUUUAAAAAAAGUAAAAUGCACAAAACUGAGUUCUCCCAGUUAUAUUCAAAGCAAGCCCUCUUGUAAACAACUGCUAUAAACAACAGUUGAGGAGAAUGUCAGAAAAGAUAAAAGGGGCUCAUUUACCCCCACCCCACCCCCAAUUCUAGUAUAUUGAGGGUAGAUAGUAUAGUAUACAAUGAUCAUCAUAGAUGAUUUAGGCACGCUUCCUGGGGUUGAUGGCAACUGGAGUCCUGCAACUUCUGGAGGGCGAGAAAUUCCCCACAUCUGCCUUGGAGAGAUAGUUAGUGCCUCCUCAUCUCAUUCUGGGGCCAAGUGAAAACCUAUUUGCUCAGCCGUUUGCAGGAUAUUAAUUUUAAUUAGUUAUUGCUGGAGAUGGAAAUCUGCUCGGUGCUUUAAGCAGUGUUUUUGUGAGAGUGUACUCGCCGAUACAGAUCUGUAUUUUAAAGAUUUAGGUUUCAAUUAUAUUUGUUUUACUUCAUUUUGGAUUUCUUAUGGUGUUUGCUCAGUCUGUAUCAGCUUCAGCUGCAUUGUUCCCUGCCCUGAGAUUGGUCGUGAUAAACACACACACACACACACACACACACACACACACACCCCAUAUGCUGAACCAACUGGAACAAGCCAUUUAGUUCAGCAUCUGUUCUCAGGGUGGCGAACCAGAUGCCAAAAGCAGGAACCAAUUAUACAAAAAGGGGUUCAGUGCAGUACUCACUAUAGAACACAAUUCAAAACUGCAUUUGAAUGCAGUUUUGAAUGGUGUUCUAAAAGCAGGAGCCAAGCACAAGAGUACUCUAAUUCUCUUUUAAAGCCACAUAGGUUGGUGGCAAUCAGUGCCUCUUGUGGGAGUGAAGGCCAUAGUUUAACUAUGCACCAGGUGAAAAAGUACUUUCAGCUGUGUUGAAACUGUUACGUUCUGCUUCACUGAAUGAAGUGCCAAUUAUAAAUAUUGUAAGUUGAAUAAAUAAAACACAGCUAAGCAUGGAAGCUGGGGUGGUGGGAUGAAAGCUGGGAGAUAGGCGUUGGAUCCUUUGAACCUGUCUCCAUUCCUUCUCCCACAUGCUGCGUAAGUUUGCGUAAGUCUGUCUUCAUAUUUUGGCUCCACUUGGGGAAGUACAGCACAUAUCCCUAGCACAGGAGGAAAGAAGGAAGAGCUCUGCACACAAUAUCCAGAGUAGUGCUGUUGGAGAUAUGCAGCGUAAGGUAAGGCCGACAUGGGAGGAUAGGGAAUGGGAUCCAUAGCUCUGGCUCCCCUGCAAAGACACAAUUCUGCUGGUCUUCUACAAAUAAGUUGGAAAUCACUGCUAAAUAGAAACUUUUGCUUUUGCUUUGCUUAUUGGGUAUGGCAAUCAAUCUAUGGGAUGAGAAAAGCUAUGAUAUGUGUCUUUCAUCCUUGGUGAUUUUUGCUGGUGUUGUAUAAAGGCUUAUAUAGCUUUAUUCAUGUUGCCCCAUCCCACCACCAUAUUCUAAUUUUUCUACAGCCACAGCAGGCACUGUAAUUCUCCAAUGGUUUGACUUUGCCCCCGACGGCACACUCUUCCAUUGUCUCUCAAGACAGACAGAUGCCAACAACAUUCCUCCACCACCACAAAGAAAUCCAGAUAGCCUAAUUUGCAUAUUGUUUCAAAAUCCUUACAAAAUUUAAAAUUCCUAUGGAGUUUUUUUUUUUAAAUGGGUUUAUUCCUGACAUUUAAUCCAAAGACAUUGAGAAGGAUCAGUAGAAAUAUUUUACCACUUACCCAAGCCACAAUAUCUUUUGAAGCUACAAUGGCAAUGAUUUAUACAAUGCUAUCAACCCUCAUUAUACCUGUGUGUGUCUACACACACACACACACAGAGAGAGAGAGAGAGAGAGAGAGAGAGAGAGAAUAUUUGUACUGGUCUGCCAUAAUGAUGUGGUGUUUCUCAAUGUCCGAAAGGCAGGGACAGGGAAAGGAGAAGGGGGAAGGAUGAGAAAGAAGGGGACUUUUCUCAAUAGUAAAUGGCUUGGGAAUGGGGUUAAAGGGUAGAGGGAAGAAGGGUCUCUGUAUGUGAUUAUAUUAGCUCUCUGGUGACAGGAAGAACUGUGGGAGGUGGAAUUGGGUGGGAGUAAAACUGGUAUUAAGAGGAAAGAUGGGAAAUAUGGGAGGUAGGGCGUGUGAGUGAGAGAGAGGGAGACAGUUUUAGGACUCUGAUGAUGGGGGAAGAAAACUGCAGAGGAGGAGAACCUGGCAAGGGAUAGAUGGACUGGAAGUGGGCAAGCAAGAGGCACUGGGAGAAAUGAAGAGAAUGAUCUUGAUGUCCCUCCACUCAAACUUCUGCCUAUUCCAUUCCUCAGCUGAAGAGAUAAAGAAUGCAGAUACCUCAAAUUUUUCAUGGUAUCUCUGUACAAUGCAUUUCACACCUGGUAAUGUUUCAUUAACAAGCAAACACCCAUGUAUGUUCAAAACCCAUCCUCUGAGCUAAACCUUCUCGAACUGCACAAGCUAGCUGACAAUCUUGCUCUUAAGAUUCUGCUCAUCUGGAAGAUACCAUACAAAAGUGGCAAUCUCUACCAAGUGGCAGCGAGAUUCCAGGGGGUUCCACCCAGGGGCAUGUUUCCAUUGGGAGUUCAGAUACGGCAGAGGCAGUAGCAUUUUAAGACAUAUGGUUUAUUUUACACCUAGAUGCAUCAAGAGAGUUCCUUGGAGAGGGAGAGAAUUCACAGUGUUACAUCUCAAGUGGGGCUUGUUCUGCACAGCAGCACAGCAUUACAGUCCAAGUCAUCCUGCAUGCCAUUCCUGUCCCUCUCCCCCAGCCUCCCAAGAUGGUUCUGCCCUCCAGCAGCUCAUGGAGGACUCCUCUUUGUUCUCUCUUCUUUUUACCAGUGCCCGCCUUACUCAAAAACACAAACCUCCUUCCUGUCACCUCACAUCCCCCCUUCACUUUAGUAACCUCUGCUUUGUGCAGAUCUGGGGGAUUCCUCAUGAGGUGAUAGCAGCUGUCUAUCGUUUCAUAAUGUUCUGUUUUGUUCUGCCCACCCUUUUGUCUGAAUUUGAGAGCUCAGUGAAGCAUGCUGGACAGAGAUGUCCUGGGCUGCUGGGCCAUGCUGUCCCUGCUUAUGCUGUUCCAAACAGUAGGUUUUGCAGCAGUGUCUUGGAGAAUGUGGAUUAACAUAAGCUAACAAGGAUCAGGCUGAAUGUCCAUUUCAUCUGGCAUCUUGUUUCCUACAAUGCCCAAACAGAUGCCCAAUAGCAGGACUUGAGGACAAUAGUUCCUCGCCAGUUCUGAUAUGUUUUCAGGGAGGCUAGACAAUGUUGUCAAAUCACUGAGCAUUCAUUCGGACUUGUUUCUGAGGAGGGUAGAUGAUGUUGUGUCAAGCAAGUGUUGUCAGUGCAUUGCCCUGUCCUUUUCCAUAUUGCAAAAGGUCCCAUCUUUGGGACAUACAGUACAGGUUUGCUAUGCAUUGCCUCCCCAUCAACUGUAACUGAGUAACCUGAAUUUGCUGGUCCUCUAAUCAGUCUGUUCAGCAUCAUGAGCAAGCUUUACACCAGACCAUUUAUGCUGGCUGUUUUGGGAUUGGCUUGAGAGAGGAAGCAUAUCAGCAGAAGAACAAGCAGGCUUCAGAGCCAGUCACUCCAUCAUUGACCAGUGUCUGAUUUUACACUGCUGCUGAGCUAUAAUCAGUGAGGUCAGAAGGAAUCAUAGUGUUGGAAGGGACCCCAAUUGUCGUCAAGUUGGACCCCCUGCAAUGCAGAAAUCUCAACAUGUGGUCCCCCUUUAGAGAUUAGACUGCAUGACUUCCAGUAGGGUUAAAUUAAAAGCUACUCUCACAUCUCAACAACAUAGAACUACUUCUGUCAGUUUUAAACACUUAAUUUGAGUGUUUAAACUAUUAUACUCACGCAUGCGCAAACACACACACACACACUUUGCCAGAAACAGAACCAUUCCAAACACCCAAAUGUAUGUGUCACAAUUUUUGUAAACAAAAUCCUUCCACAAUAGAAUAGAAUAGAAUAGAACUCGCAACAUAUGAAAAACUUGCAUACAAAUGCAGACUUGCCAUGGACAAAUUAAAUGAUAUUUGGAAUCCAUUCUUACAAAUACUGUAAUAGGUCAAGAUCUGGUGAAGUACAAUAACAACCCUGUAAAGUAUACAGUUUUGGUCCCCCAGCCCCCACUUUAUUUUCCCUUCUACACGGGUUUUGUUUCUUUUUUUCUUUUUCUCUCUUUUAUUUACGCCUCACUAUUUUUAGUGAGGACAUGGGUGGUGCUGUGGGUUAAACCACAGAGCCUAGGGCUUGCCGAUCAGAAGGUCGGCUGUUCGAAUCCCUGCAACGGGGUGAGCUCCUGUUCCUUGGUGCCUGCUCCUGCCAACCUAGCAGUUUGAAAGCACGUCAAAGUGCAAGUAGAUAAAUAGGUACUGCUCCAGCAGGAAGGUAAACGGUGUUUGUGUGUGCUGCUCUGGUUCACCAGAAGUGGCUUAGUCAUGCUGGCCACAUGACCCAGAAGCUGUACGCCGGCUCCCUUGGCCAAUAAAGCAAGAUGAGCGCCACAACUCCAGAGUCAUCCAUGACUGGACCUAAUGGUCAGGGGUCCUUUUACCUUUACUAUUUUUAGUGCACAUAUAAUUAUGUACUUUUGAACUUUCAAUAAAGAUGUUUAAAAUAAUAAUAAUAACAAAAGGCAGAAAUUCAUUUUCUGUUGUGCUGUGCCCCUAUGGCAUCCAUUUUAUGAUAUGUCAUGCCCCCAUUUUGUGACUGGCACCCAGGCACUUUCUCAAAAUUUCAAAUGUGCCCACUGGCUCGAAGAACUGUAGACAGUGCUGUGCUAGAUCACACCAAUGACCUGAGUGACUGUAAGACAGCUCCCUUUGCUCCUAACCAAACAAUCAUUGUUGCAUGUAUUCCAAUUCUCUCAGCAAUGAGAUCUCCAGAAAUUCAGUAUGUUACUCUGGUUCUGUUUCCUGUGGAAUGAAGUCAUUGAAGCCUUCUUGACAUUUUGUGAUAUAUGGUUCAUUUAUGCACAUUACACAGGCUGAGCAAAGGUAAAGAUUUACAGCAGCUGCCACCCCAAUGGACAGGCUGAUAGGUUCCAGACCUUCACUGAGCUCUGUGUGCUGCAGCUUUCAGGCUCAGCUCCAUCUGACUUUAGCUGCAAUUCCCAAACCCCUUGCUACUGUAGAGGCCCACAUUUGAGAGAGAGAGAGAGAGAGAGAGAGAGAGAGAGAGAGAGAGAGAGAGAUUGUUUCCAUUCACGGGGAAGGACCAUUUGUUAACCACAUAUAUGCAAUAUGCUUAUUUUUAUACUCUGUGACACAUGUGCUAUUUUGUAACAGGUUCUUCUAGUUUCUUUGGUGGCUGUAUCCCUUGGACUAGGCUUGGGACUUGGACUAAGGAAAACACGAGAAGGUAAUCUCACAAUCUCCUCAAUUUACUAAAAGGGGGGUAAAAAAUGUCUUAGGUCUAGGGCAGGGCUCAUGAGACAAGGUGAGAUGACUGCCUCAGGCGGCAGGAUCCACCGUGGCAGCAGAUCCUGAUCUUCAUUCCCCCUUUGUUCUUGAUCUUCAACACCGCUUCUUCCCUGGUGGGGACGGAGGCACCAUUUUGUCGUUUGCCUCAGGUGCCAAAAUGUCUUGGGCCAGCCCUGUCCAGGGGAUAUGCUUCAAGUCUAGUUCUCAGUGAGAUGAUAAAACUUAUGCCCUUGGGCUCAAGGGCAACCCAAUACAUUUGCUGCCUGAGGCAAAGAUCAAUAUGGUGCCUGCUUCCCAUUUCACGAGCAGAAGUCAACCAGAUUAGUACUUAAUCAUACUUCAGUCAUGGCAACAGGUGCGUAAAUCAGGCUGUGUGGCAAACACAGUUCUGUCCUCCAUCAUAUGGGAAUGCCUGAGGGAAGCUCAGGGGGAGAGGCCAGAGGGUCUGUUGCCACUGCCUCCCCUCUGAAUGCCAGCCACUGUGAUUUCUAUCCUUGCUCAGUCUUUGUUAGUGGUCUCCUAUGGCUCAGAUGCAUGACUUGUAUCUGCAAGAAGCCAUGUAUUCAGUAGUGUGGGCCCAAUUUUGUGGGACUCACUUCCAGUUGAGAUCAGACAGGCCUCAUCCCUGCUGAAUUUACAGCGCUUUCGGAAUACUCCCCGCCCCCCAGCAUACUUUUUAUUUGAACUCUGAUUUUAUAGUUUUAACUCAUUUUGAGUCUUAUUGUAUUGAGUCUGUUGUACACUGCUUACAAGACUGAAAUUAAACAGUACACCAAUAGUUGACAUAAAAUAAAAUCAAUCUGCCACCUAAGGCAGCUGACUCACUUGCCUAAUGGUAAGUCAGACUCUGUUCAGGCUCUGCCACAUCAAACAUCUGGAGGUGUGUGUGUGUGUGUGUGUGUGUGUGUGUGAUGACUGAAUGUUCCUCUAUACAAACCUUUCCCCCUUUGGCUUCUAGUUUUCAAUUUGGAUGGGGGGGGAUAUGAAGUAACAAAGGUUUGUUAAAACAGAUUUAACUUUCAAUGGAUUGCAUCCUCUAUUUAUACAUAGAAAUAUGAAUAGUGCUGGAAGUCUGUUAACAUUUCUUUGUAACAAGGGAAGAAAUUGAUUUUGUACUUGUUUUCUAAUUGGGCACAGAAUUAUAGGUGUCCAUAGUUCAGAAUGAUCUGAAAUGUUACAAUUAUAUUAGAAAAUCAUUGCUGUUACCAUUUGCCACAGGCAGGGAGAUAAGGUGACAUGAAAAGCUUUUCUUUCUUUCUUUAACUUUUAUUUAUGAAAUUUUAACAGCUUUUAUACACAUACCGUGCAGUAUCCAUCACUUAUCUCUUUUCCUAAGAUUUCCCGAUCCAUCUCUCUGUGGCAUUUUUCUAGGGAAAUCUUGAUCUGUUGCAUAUCCUAAUAUUUCACCCAUUAUCAUUUCAAGUCUUCCUUUUUGAUGUUACCUGCUUCUCAUAUGUUAACUCCUACUUGUAGGUUAAUUUGUAUAUUAUACCCUCUAAGAUAAUCUCCAAAACACCUCCACUCUUCUCUUAUCUUUAACUCGUCCUUAUUCCUCAGUUUCAUGGUCAUGGUUACUAAUUAUAUGUAUUCUAUCAAUUUGUUCUGCCAAAUUUCCCUUGUGGGGAAAUUGCAUUUCCACCCAAAAGCAACUGAAAGCUGCACAAUAAAUGCCCAUGAAGCCUACACGAACCAGUCAUAGAAUGUUGUGUACCUAACAUUGUGCCAAAGUAAAAGAAAAGUAAAAGGUUAGAAGAAAUGAAGUAAUAUUUGAAAUCUGAGCACACCCACAUUCCAAAGUACUAUAACCAAAAAUAUUUGAUAAUUCAUGGAUGAAUGAUUCUCCAGAUAUGAUGAGAAUACGAAUUCUCAGCCUUCACUGAUCUUAAAAUAUUUUUUGAACAUCCUAGGAAUUAAAGUUCACAACAUUCCGUCUAAUAAUAAACUCAAGUGGUGAGUGCUGACUAGGUUUGAACAAGGACACAGCUGGGAUAGGUGGUACAGCAUGAGACUUUUAAUAUCAGGGUUAUGGGUUCAACACCCACAUUGGACAAAAGAUUCCUGCCUUGGAGUAGAUGACUCUUUUGGUACUUUCCAACUCUAUGAUUCUAUCAUCAACAUGCUGAUAGGAACCCUGAGGUUUACAAGGAUAAAAUAUUUUUUUAAAAAACAACAACAGCUAAAGAGGCACCUGCUCCUUUAGUUAUCCUUCCUCAACCUGUUGUUGGAGUCCAACACCCAUCAUGUCUCACCUAGCAUGGCCAGUGAUCAAGGAUUGUUUAACCCCAAAAACCUGGAGGUCACCAGAUUGAGGCAUACCUGCCAUUGUUGUGGGGCAGGGAUGGGGAACCUGUACCCCCUGAUGUUGGACUCUCAUCAACCCUUGCCAGCAUAAACAAAUUUGGUUCAGACACUGCAUAGUUAAACCAAGGAACUUGCUUGCUUAGCAGGUUCAGAUAGCCAACUGGCUUUAAAAAGAGGAUUAGACAAAAUCAUGGAGGAUAAAGACUACCAGUGGCUACUAGCCACAAUGGCUAUGUUCUGCCUCCAUGGUCAUAGGGAUUAUGCUUCUGAAUACCAGUAUCUGGACACCACAGGAGGGGAGAGUGCUGUUUUGUUCUUGCUUGUGGGCUUCUCAUAGUCACCUAGUUGGGCAUUGUGAGAAAAUGAUGCACUUGCAAAGGCGAACAGUUCCAAAAGCAUUCUCAUGCAUAGCUAAGUAUGUUUCCUGAAAUGAGUAUUAUUGACCAAAUGAAGCAGCUGCAAUGCAAUUGGAGAAAGCAACAGGUUCCAUUAUAUCCCCACUCCCUAAAUGCUUGUAUUCCACAAUACUUUUAUUAUCCUGGAUACUGUUAAGAUAUGAAGGGCUCAAGCAAGCUUGGGCUUUCUCUGUCUAUUCGCUCUUGAUGCCACCAUCUUGUAAUUCCAUUCCCCCAACCUCUUCCACAAAUAUAUUUAAAAGCGUAUAGGAUGUUAAUCAGCCAAAGGUGUGGUUGGACCUCUCAUGGAGGAGACACAUGAAUAAGGGCCUCAGAUGUUAUUGCAGGGUCUGGGUCGGUUCAUAUGUACAGAGGCAGUCCUUGAGGCAUUGCGAUCCUGAGUUGUUUCAGGUUUUAUAGAUCAAAACCAACACUUUGAAUUGGGCCAGGAAACUAAUUGGCAGCCAGUGCAGUUGGACCAGGAUCGGUGUAAUAUGCUCUUGCCUUAGUAAGCAACCUGGUUGCUGAAUUCUGCACCAGAUGAAGUUUCCGAAAUGUCUUCAGGGGUAGUCCUACAUAUGACACAUUGCAGCAAUCUACCCUAGAGGUUAUCAGAGCAUAGACAACAGUAAUUAGGCUAUCCCUAUCCAGAUAGCUGGGUCACCAACCAAAGAUGGAUGAAAAACACUCUGUGCCACUGAGGCCACUUGUGCCUCAAGAAGCUGCAAAGCAUCUAGAAGUAUCAACAAGCUACACACCCACUCCUUCAGAUGGUAUACAACCACAUAAAGAAUGGCUUCUACAUAUCUGGAUGGGCUUGGCUAAACAAUUUUUUUUAAAAGCAUUUAUGACAUUCAAACAGGCUUUCACAAAGAUCUGAGGUGAAGCUAAGAACUGACUCAGUUCUCUCUCUUUCAUUCAAAUGCAUCUUUUUGUAUGUUUUUUCCUCCUCCAGAAGAAACAUCCUGGUUGAAAGAAAGUUGUACCUCUUCUAACACAGCUCAGUGUCCAGAAGGGUAAGAUUAAUGUAUUCACAACUGUUCACUUAGGAUGUCUGUAUUUUUUGUGGUUUUGUUAUGUAAAUAAGCACACAAAUAUUUUUUUAUUUAUUGAGAACCAUCAUUCCAAAUUGAUGUUAGUCACAGCUUAAAGGUAAAAGUAAAGGUACCCCUGACCAUUAGGUCCAGUCGCGGACGACUCUGGGGUUGCAGAGCUCAUCUCGCUCUACAGGCCGAGGGAGCCAGCGUUUGUCCGCAGACAGCUUCCGGGUCAUGUGACCAGCAUGACUAAGCCACUUCUGGUGAACCUGAGCAGCACAGGGAAAUGCUAUUUACCUUCCCACUGGAGCGGUACCUAUUUAUCUACUUGUACUUUGACACGCUUUCAAACUGCUAGGUGGGCAGGAGCAGAGACGGAGCAAUGGGAGCUCACCCCAUCGCGGGGAUUUGAACUGCCGAUCUUCUGAUCGGCAAGCCCAAGGCUCUGUGGUUUAGACCUCAGCGCCACCCGCAUCCCUUAGUCACAGCUUAGAAGACCAUGUAAAACGUAUGGGCUAGAUCGUUCUGCAAGUUCAUGAAUAAUUACAGCAACUUCUGAGAAAAAGUUUAGUGCUGUACCCUAAUGGUAUUUUCAGAUUUCCUUUUUCUUUUUACCUUACCACAGCAUUGCCUCUGCUCUGCUAUCCUGACAGCCUAUUUUAACUGUGCACCACUGCAAUUACCCUCUGUGUAACUGCUGCAUAGGCAUUCUUUCUCAUUUCCUGCAUUGCAUUUGGAGAACACUUUCUCUGUUGCUGUGCUUUGAGCUGCCCAAACCUGCAACAAGAACAUGCACUUCCUUCAUCCUCCAUCAUGAGAUCUUCUCGGGUAUGUUCUGUGUACAUGAGCCACAGAAACUCAGUCAAGCACUUGCGCUUGUCACAUGAAACAGUUGUUUAGCAGAGCUCACUUGUACUUGGCACACACAGACAUACACUACAAUAUACACACACCAUACACAGUUUUUACAAGUAGUCAUCUCCCUCUGAUCCCAGAGAGGGUUCUUGGCUUCAGAAUUCUUGCUGCCCCAAAGUCCGCAGCAAGUCCUGACUUCAGCUGCUUCCAAAGUCCUUGUAGCUCUUCACAAAGUGUUCUGUUUUCUUCCAUGAUUCCAACCAGUCUCCACUGUUCGGAUCUCCCACACUUUCCCAGCGCCGAACACUGCAACUUUCAUUCCAUAUCUAGGUACAAAUUCUGCCCAGCAACAGAGAUAAGACAGUUGCACUGUAGGGAAUGAGUCAGCAUUACCAACUCAUGUGAAAUUAACCCAUUAAACAUGUUCCUUAACAGAUCCUCUGCUGGAUCUUAGUCCUUUCCCUCUGCAGAAGAAUCUCUGAAACCCACUCUAAGGGGUUCUAAGGAGCACCUGUGCUCCUUUAUGAAGUGCCUAUAACCUACACAUCCAAUUUGAAAAGACAGAUGAGAAUCCCAUGAACCCUGGAAGACUUGAUGCAGGUCUCUUUACAGAGCAAUACAAAUGUUCAGGUGUUUGGAAUUCCAUGGAGGGAAAAGUGACAUUGGAAGGGGAAGUUGCAUCAGAAAAUUUGCACUUCCUCCCUCCUGUCCUUUCUCCAUUCCAAAUUGCCCCUCCAUGAAUUGCCCCUUCUUUGGAAGGAGCCACCAGGUUUUUUUUUGCUAGAGACAUUAGCAUGUUAUGUGUAACUUGACCCUUAGUCUUAAGUACAGUCAGCUGACAGCUUUUCCUGCAAACACUAGCUAUCUUGUUGUAGAUAGUAUCAGUACCUGAUAGUGAAUUUUAUCUACUGGGGCAACCCCAAGCAUGCUCUUCUCAGCCGAGGCUUUGCACUGAUGCUCAAAGCACACAAACAUUGGAAUAAGCUUCAUUUUAAACUUGCUUUGGAAUAAGUACGUGAAGAACUGCAGUAUUUGAGGAAAGUCUGAUUGGGCUCAGAAACAGAACACUCGUUAUGAAAGAUUAAAAGAAAAGUAAGUCAGGAGCAAAAUAGUAAUCCUGAAAAGCAUUUGCAGAAAGAUUAGGAGGUUCUGAAUUUUAAACAUGUAUGUUUUAUGCUAGGGUUUUUCAGGGGCUUUAUAAAUGCAUAAUUGACCCCUAAAUCAAUAGUUGCACUUUGCAUUGGUUCUCAACUUACUUUAAUCAUUUUCAGAUCGGUUAAUGAGUUAUGAAAUCAUAAAGCAGUAGUAGAUUAUCAUGCAGGGACUAACUGGUCAGGAGAUUGCUUAUAGUUCUGGCUUAUCACCAUGUAUGAUGUAAGUGUCUAUGUGCAUUGAGUCUUUGAUCAAUAGUCUUCCAUAAAAUCAUAAAUGUGUUUCUUACUUGUCCUAUUUUGGCUGCCUUUGAAAAAGAACAGCAGAAGUGUUAUGAAAUAUCUACAGCAGGUUUUAUAACACUCUACAGGUGACGCGGGUGGCGCUGUGGGUAAAACCUCAGUGCCUAGGACUUGCUGAUUGUAUGGUCGGCGGUUCGAAUCCCCGCGGCGGGAAGAGCUCCUGUCGUUUGGUCCCAGCUCCUGCCCCCCUAGCAGUUCGAAAGCACCCUUAAGUGCAAGUAGAUAAAUAGGUACCGCUUUAUAGCGGGAAGGUAAACGGCGUUUCCGUGUGCUGCGCUGGUGCUGGCUUGCCAGCUGCAGCUUCGUCACGCUGGCCACGUGACCUAGAAGUGUCUUCAGACGGUGCUGGCUCAUGGCCUCUUGAGCGAGCGUGCAACCCUAGAGUCGGACACGACUGGCCUGUACGGGCAGGGGUACCUUUACCUUUUUACAGGUGAGUUAGGGACUUCCUCCGCAUGUGAAUACAGGCUGUGGUGGAUUGAGAGGACAAGACCAACAAUGUGUCCAACAGUCAAGAAGGUGGUUUCUGCAUGUGCUGUAGAGGGAAAUGGGGAGCAGAUAGGGCUUGUCCACCUGGGAAGGUAGCCCAUCUAGGAGAAGGAAAACUCUGAUCCUAAAUCUCCUCUGGCUUGUGGCUAUACUCAUUCGUGAGUAAAUCCCAAGGAAAAAUCUGUACCCACUGCUUUGCAGAGUAUCUUAAGGAGAAGAAAAGGCUAAAGAGUAAAGCCUACACAAAUCUGGAGUGGAGUCCUUGCAGCCACAGCAGGUGCUGUGAUUCUCCAGCAGUUUGACUUCAUCUUCAGAGGCGUUCUCCAUUGUCUCUUGAGACAGACAGAUGCCAAUAGAGUUUCUUAACUUGUGGUCCAUGGACCCCAGGAGGUUCAUGGAUGAGCUUCAGGAGGUCUGCAGCUUCCUACAUUGGGAAUGAUGUACUUUCAGGGGUCUUUUCCCACACUUUUACUGGUCUUUGAUUGAGGAGCUAGUCCAUGGCAAGGCCCUCUUUUCCAUACUAUGCUGAAGUGGUUUUGGCAGCCAGAGGAACAUGACUUCCCCUCAAUAGCCAGCCUUCCUUUUAGUUCCCCUGUGACCUAAAAUCAAUUCAGGGAACAAUUCAACAUCACUCUCUUCUAAGUCUGCACACAUUUAAGUUUGUGGAACAACUCUCCUUGUCCUUUCCCAUUGCACAAUGUACUGGGGUGUCCCCCUGACCCAAUUUUGGGGUGGUGGCAGGGAGAGGAGUGGGGAAGUCCCAUUAUACAAAUGAAAGUCCUUGCACAGGGCUUCCACUGAUGUGACUCAUUACUUGAAUCCUGCCCACAGUGUUUCUAACAUUCAUAUUUGGACUGUCUAAUCUUUGAUUUUUUCAGGAAGAUGGCAACUAAUGUUUCUCAGCAAGCACCCAAAUAUCCUCCUGACUUUUGACUCUGUGUUCUUUACCUUCAGGUUCGAUCUGCCACCGCUUAUUCUUUUUUCAAUGGAUGGCUUCAGGGCAGAAUACUUGGAAGCUUGGGGCUAUUUACUGCCAAAUAUUGGAAAGCUCAGUAAGUCAUCUUGUUCUGAGGAUGAAUAAUUUUUAAAAAUUCAUUCUGCAGAAAGAAAUGUUUGAAUUACUUGCAUAUAGGUAUUGCUGCUAGUGUUGAAAUUUAGCAGAGGGGGAGGAAAAAAGGGUCUCAGAGGAGGUGGAUCAGGGAGUUGCUGCUUGAACUUUAAAGUAGGGUGACCUACUUUGCACUGUCAAAAAAGAAAGAAAAGCAUCUUCCAAAAAAGAAGAAAAGGGGCACAGAUUUGCGUGAAAUUUGGGUGCGUACUGUGAAUGUGCAGAUUCAGAUUUAUAUUAAAUAAAUAACUAAAUAACUAAAUAAAAAUGCUACAGUUUAAAUAGAUCUGCAAGGUGAGUGAGCCUGCGUGCCUGCUCUGCCUGUCUGUUGCCCAGAUGCAACUCUUGCAGCUUCAAGGCCCCUGCUGUCCUUCCUUGUUCCCUAUCAUGAAACCAGGCUGGACCAGACAGUCCCUCAAAGAGAGGGGAUGUUCUAUGUCAUUUUCUAACCCCAGCCUCUCCCUGCUACUUUAUUUAUUAUUGAGAUUUAUUAUCCAUCCUUCCGUCUGAAGACCCAGGGCAGGUUGCAUAAUAUGACAGCAUAAGGAAAACCGCAAGAAAAACAACAAUGGAACAUAAUAAUAAAAGCAGAGGCAAAUCAGUGUGACACAACGCAGGGAGUGGGAGAAGCAUCUUCUCACCUCCACCCUUCACAAGCCUGAGCAAACAGGUGUGACUGACCUGCAAAAGCUAUGCAGUGUCAGUCAUUGCAAGAUGCAUCUUGCAGUCGAAAAGGGAGGGGGGAUUAGACCCAGAGAAAAACGCCCACAUUCUGGCUAACGGGAAAUGUUCUAUGAAAAGCAUUUUUUACAAGCAGGGGCCUUGGGGAAGGGCUGUAGCUCUGUGGUAGAACAUCACCUUUGCGCACAGAAGGUCCAAGGUUUAAUCCCUACCAUCUCCAGGAAGGAGUGAGAAAGACUCUGGAGAGCUCCAAAUACCGUAGGCAAUACUGAGCUAGAUGGAUCAAUGAUCUAACUCAGUGUAAGGCAGCUUCCUAUGUUCCUAAUAAGUUUUAAAAGAGGUGUGCCUGCUCUGUGUUUUGCAUAUAUGUCAUAUUAUGUCAUGGUUAUGAUUUACUAUAUUUACAAAGCACCAUUUGUUGCAGAAACAUGUGGGACCCAUUCAAAGUACAUGAGAGCUGUUUAUCCAACCAAAACCUUUGUAAACCACUAUACUAUUGUCACUGUAAGUACUUUUUGUGUGUGCCUUUUUUGGUCGCCAUUACUUCUGCUGUGUCGCUAUUGUUUUAAAAGCUAGGUGCUUUAUUUCAUUUCUAAAAAUGUUUCUAUCCCACCUUUCUGCUCUUAACAAACACACAGUGAACAACAUUAGAUUCCCACCAAACUGUAAUAAUGAUCUAACAAGAAUCUAAAACAACAGCAAAGCAGAAGAAAGUAAACACCAGCUUCUUCAUUCCCAAAAGGUCCACCUAAAGAAAACAGAUUUGUUUUGGUACUAGAAUGAUAGCCCAUUUGAUGAGAGGUGGAAGCAGGACAUAGGAAUAUGUGUUUGGCACAGGCGAUUGACGUCCCUCCUUAUGGAAAUUUCACUGCUGUGUCUCUAGAGCCUUAGACUGCAUGCACAGCAUACAUUUAAAGCACACACACUAGGAUUCCUGGGAACUAUAGUUUCUUAAGGGUGCUGGGAAUUGUAGCUAUGUGAGCUUCCUAGGAUUUUUGUGUGUGGGGGGGUGUCCUUUAAAUGCAGGUGCAUAUACAGUCUAGGGCUUUAAUUCUAAGCAGGCUUACUUUUUGUUGUUUAGUCGUUUCCGACUCUUUGUGACCCCAUGGACCAGAGCAUGCCAGGCACUCCUGUCUUCUACUGCCUCCUGCAGUUUGGUUAAACUCAUGUUCAAGAACACUGUCGAACCAUCUUGUCCUCUGUCAUCCCCUUCUUGUGCCCUUGAUCUUUCCCAACAUCGGGGUCUUUUCAAGGGAGUCUUCUAUUCUCAUGAGGUGGCUUACUAGUCAUUUAGAAAUCUGUAGUACAGACUUCUAAGGAAACAUUCAUAGGACUUCACAGUUAAAGCUCUCUUUUGCAAAAUGAUAGUUAGGAGCAAAUAAGGGGUGAUUAAUCCAUGCAUGUAUCAGGUAACAAUCUUACUUCUGUUUGUUGAAACCAGAAGGUUGAAACCAAAAGUUGCUGCUAGGUAGAGUAUUUCAGUUCAGCCAGCCAGCCAGCCAUGCCCUUUUCUGUGAUGUACCAUUCCACCUCCUGUCUCACCCAGUUCCCCAGUCCUGUUGCCCCACUUAUUCUGUCAUGCUAGGCUGUUUUCGUGGCUUUCUCUCACCUUGGUUUGCUGUUUUUGCUUUAGUUCUAAAAACCUUCUGCAAGCCUGCUAACAGGUCCCUCUGGUGUUUCAAGAGUGCAGUUUUGGCUACACAGAGAUGGGCAGUUGGACUGCUAAAUUCAUUGUUAGUGGACAAUAAAUGUUAAAAAGAAAUCAGACAUCGGGGUUGACAUUAGCAGCAUUAGCUUCUAGUGAUGCGAUCCAAUGUACAUAGCAAAACACAGAGUACACUCAGUUUGUGUUUUCUUUCCCCAGGGUUUGUACCCAGAAUCCCAUGGCAUCAUUGACAACAACAUGUACGAUGUAAAAUUAAACCAGAACUUUUCGCUUUCUUCAGAUACCAAGAAUAAUCCUGCAUGGUGGGGUGGUCAACCUGUAAGUGCCAUUUGCUGUUUCUCAAUUUGCUCCCCACUUUACAUGUGAAUGAGGUGGACAGGUGGAUAGACAGAUAAAAUUGCUUUCUCUCAUACAGUGACUCCAAGUCGUUCUUGGAGGGACAAGCCCAGCAGGGGAUGCUGGGGAACUCCUGUUCAAUGCCCUGGCCAGUGUGAUGCCAUAAUUCGGCACCCCCUCCUCUCGUCUUCCAUUCUACAACAUAGUUGUGGUGCCCACUGUGGUACCCCUGAAGCUCUGUAACCAGUCACACUCUCCUAAAUCUGCCUCUGCCCUGGUCAUUGGCCUCCGGUAUCCCUCGGGGUCCUAUCCUGUCCCCAUGCUAUUUAACAUUGACAGGAAGCUGCCCAGGGAUUGGGGGUUCAGUGCCACCAAUAUGCAGAUGACACCCAACUCUAUCUCAAUCUGAGGAAGCUGUUUCAGUGCUAAACCAGUGUGUGGUGUCAGUAAUCGACUGGAUGAGGAUGUAUCUAUGCAAGAUACAGGUUAUCCUGAUCAGUCAAAGGCUGACCAAGGAUUAGGGAUCCAAUUUGUGCUGGAUUGCAUUACACUCAAGUUCACAACUUAGGUGCACUCCUGGAUUCAAGCAUGAGCCUAGAUGCUCAGGUUUUAGUAGUGGCCAGCAUUACAUUAGCACAUUUUAAAACUAGUGUGCCAUCUGCACCUGUUCCUAAAGAUGUCUGAUCUGGCUACAUGCCUUAGUUACAUCCCAUUUGGAUUACAGUAACAUGCUGUGUAUGAGGAUGCCUUUGGAAAGUGUUUGGAAGCUUCAGUCCAAAAGGCUGAGAUGAGAUUUCUGAUUGGAGCUGGUUACAGGCAGAACAGACACUUCCUGUGACUACUUGUCCAUUUCCUGGCACAAUUCCAAGUGCUGGUUAUAUUUGGCUUGGGUCCAGGCUAUCUGAAGACCUGUAUCUCCAUAUAUGAGCUUGCCCAGGCUUUGAGAUAAAUCACUAAAUGUGCCUUCUCUGCCACCGUCUCCUCCUCCUCCUCUUCACCGCUUGGUAGUUACCUUUGGGGACAUUUGCAGGAGAUACAAAAAUGUAUCAAAUUGGGCAAGAAAAAUAAAAUGCUAUUCCAAGGCUCUAUGGUGGCAUGGCUCUAUGGUGCUUCUGAAGCCUUGCAACCAGCUUGCUUCACCUCAGACCAUUCAGGUCCUGGAUUGCCUCAGGCUCUGAGGUAGCUCAAGGGAAUGUUUGCCUUUGAUUCAUCUGCCAUUGGAGGGGAAUGUGUAGACCUAGUAGCUCACUCACUCAAAGUCCACAUAGGAUAAAAUAGUUUUGUUGAAAUGAUUGAGAUUGAACCAACAUUGCAACCCCUUAAUGACAAGCAGUUCCCUAGCAAAGGUGCUUCUUCAAAAAAGACCUUGUAUCUCACAGUUAUUAGCAUGAUUUUAGCAUGUUGAUUGGGGUUCCCUCAAGACCUUGGGGCAUGGAGAGUUUUAAAUGAGUUUGUGCUAUUAAGAUGAAGAUCUAUGUUUCAGAUACUGAAUCUGUGUAUCUUCUUGCAGAUUUGGCAUACAGCAAUGUUUCAAGGGUUGAAAGCUGGCACCUACUAUUGGCCUGGAUCCGAUGCAAAAAUCAAUGGAACAUACCCUAAUAUCUUUAAGGUGUACAACAAGUAAGUUGGAGUUUUAAAAAAAGAAAAAGAAAUUGUUGUUGUUGUUAUAUCCUACCUUUUCCCCUGACAGGGACUCAAGACAUCUUACAGCUAAAAUUUCAUUUCAUUCUAUUUCUUUCUAUUUCUAUUCUCUCCCUCACAUAUUUUUUCGUUACAACAUUCCUUUGAGGUAAGGAGGCUGAGAGGCUGUAAUUGGCUCAAGGUGACAGGUGUAUUUGUAUAUGCCGUAUACACAUACAGGGGGAACUUCCUCAUGUAGAAUAGAAUGUCCCUAUUUUCAUGUGAGAAACGUUAGGGGGGCAUGAAAUCUAGACACCACAAGUUCCCUGUUCCUGGUCUGCAUCAUUGUUCUGUUGCAGAAUAAAUUUCCCUGAUGGCUAAAUAAUAACAAUUAUUAUUAUUAUUCUUUGCAGGUCAGUUACAUUUGAACAAAGAGUUACAGAGCUGCUGAAGUGGUUUGAACUCCCAAAAUCUGAAAGGUAACGGUUUAGGAAGCUUUUGGCAGUGCUUUUGUUCUUGUGAAAUGUUUGAAAUGUUUAUCAAGCCUAUUUACUAUAUACUAAGGAUCUUUUGCCAGGGUGUGUGUGUUUUCUGCAACCUUUCUUUUUACCUAGGUUUUAUCUGGAGGGUUUUCAAUAUAUGUCGUCUCUUUUUGGGCAGGGUGGGAUUUGUUAGAUCUGUCUCGAUGUAUUUUGUUGGUUCUUAUUCUGUUUUGGUUAAUAUACUUCAUUUUAAUGUUCUGUACUACUUUUGUAAGGCACACAUCCAGCUGGUGCUUUCUGUUCUAAAAAAAAGUUUAACCUCGUGGACAUUUCUGCACCUUCCUUUGAGUGAAGGCUGGCCAAGAUUCCUUUCCACGCAGUCACAAUGCACUUUUCUUUUGAACUCUAGGCCUGAUUUCUAUACAUUGUACAUUGAGGAACCCGACUCAGCAGGACAUGCAUAUGGACCAGAUCAUAGUGAAGUAAGUUUUUCUUUUUCCAAUCCUAUAAGCCAUAAAUAAACAUGUAGGAUACACAAACCACAGUCAUGUGACAUAGCUUGCAAUGUGGUUAAGUUGAGCAUCAGCUAGGAACUGAUGAGAUUCCUGCAUCACAGAGGGUUGGACUAGAUGACCCUCCGGGUCCCUUCUAUGAUUCUAUGAACUAACAUAUUUUACACAGCCCAUCAUCCAACCUCCUAACACACCAGAGGACCAGGCAGUAAGGGUGUAAGCAGACAAAGUGGAUGUAAGCAUCAUAAUCUAGCUAUACUGGAGUGGGUUGGGGUUUUCCAACAGAAAACAAGUAUGGGGAAGAAAAAAAUAGGCUACUCUCCCUCUACUCCAUUGUCCUAAUCAGGAUUGGGGCUCUACGUGACUGUACCCAGAGAGCAGAACCUGGAGAUUGUUACAGUAUAUUAUAGUCCACUGUGCAUCCUAAAAGGAUUGUGUAAUAUUGAUGAUAAUAUACAUCUUGUUCUGAUUAACCCAAUACACAAGAAUCUCUGAAUAUGAAUGAAUUGAUGUACUAAAUGGGACUCCAGUUCAAAAAUACCUUUAAAAACACCAGGAGGCAAUAGAGAAAAAAAAAUUCAAAAGUAUGCUUGUUCUGUGUUGUCCCAUAUUCUGUUAUGGUAUACUUGAUCUUGAACACACUUUGAAGGGGAAACACUAUUGAAAUCUUUUCUCCUUUUGUUUUAGACGGGUAAAGCCUUACAAAAGGCAGAUGAGACCCUGGGAAUGUUAAUGGAAGGUCUAAGACAAAGAAAAUUGGACAAUUGUGUCAAUAUCAUACUUGUGGCUGAUCAUGGUAUGACUGUUUUGUUCUUCCAUCAUUAGGUGCUAUCAUUAGGCAGGGUGAGGCAACCACCUCAGGCAACAGAUGCCUGAGGAGGGAAGGAUGGCAAGAUGUGUUCAGAGGACAGAGCUGUAUGUGCCUUGUGGUCUGCCUGAACCCCCUAACCUUAGUCUACAGCUCACAGGGGUGCUGGGGGAUGCUGUCCCAUCACUAGUGUUGAAGUAAGAUUCUCAUCUGGUUGGCUGCUCAGGGAAUGGGCGGGGUGAGCAGGACGUUAUCCUGCCCUUUGCCUCAGUCAACAAAAUAUCUUGGGCCAGCCCCUUUUGUGUCUCAGUAUAGAGCUUUAUUGAUCUUGCAAACUAAUAAUAAAAGUGGUUUUCCCAGCCACUUUGAACAGCUCCCAACAGAAUAUUAAAACAGAAUAAAACAUCAAAGUUUAAAAUCUUCUCUAACAGGGCUCCCUUCCGAUGUCUUGUAAAAGUCAGAUAGUUGUUUAUUUCCUUGACAUCAGAUGGGAAGGCGUGCCACGGGACAGGCACCACCACUGAGAAGGCCCUCUGCCUGGUUCCCUGUAACCUCACUUCUCGCAGUGAGGGAACCGCCAGAAGGCCCUUGGAGCUGGACCUCAGUGUCCGGGCUGAAUGAUGGGGGUGGAAAUGCUCAUUCAGGUAUACUGGACCAAGGCUGUUUAGGGCUUUAAAGGUCAGCACCAACACUUUGAAUUGUGCUCGGAAACGUACUGGAAGCCAAUGUAGGUCUUUCAGGACUGGUGUUGUUGUCACGGUCUGGUCUACGGGCGAUCAAAUUCCCAGCUGAGGACUUCGGGACCGGGGGCAAGAUGGUGUGGUGGGAGCAGGAACGAGAGUCCAGAGGGUCAGGAAGCAAGGAGUCCCGAAGUCAAGGGUCCGAGGGUCGAGAAGCAAGGAGUCACGAAGUCAAGGGUCCAAGGGUCAAGAAGCAGGGAGUCAGGAAGCCAAGGUCUGAGGAUCAAGAAGCCAAACGCAGCAAGGCAGGAAACGUGUUGCUGUGGCAAAGAGCCAAAGGGAAAUGCUGACCUUACAUCCCUUCCCGGCUCUUGCCACCAGGUGCAGUGAGUUACCAAGUGGCCUCACCUGCACCUUGCCUCUCCAGAACAAACUUAGGAAGGCCCCAGUCCUGCGAAGCCCUACUGGUCACAGGGCCUGGCUCCUGCACGUACCCCUGAUAGUUGUAUGGUCUUGGCGGCCACUCCCAAUAUUUGUUGAAUAGUUUAACCAUCUCUUUUCUUUCCUUAGGCAUGGAUCAGACAUUAUGUGAGAAGAUGGAAUUCAUGACAGAUUAUUUUGAGGACGUUAAUUUUUAUAUGUACGAAGGACCGGCACCUCGUAUUCGAUCAAGGAAUAUUCCAAAAGACUUCUUUUCAUGUAAGCGUUGGACAUAGGAUGAUAGAUCCAUAGAAUUAGAGAGCUGGGAGGGAUCUAGGGCUUGCAGACCAUCUAGCACAAACCCCUGCUCAGAACAGGAAAUCUAGAGCAUCCUCAGCAGAUGGCUGUCCAUCCAUUGCUGAAAAGACCAAAAGGAGUGAGGGAGAACUCAACAUCCCUCUGGGUCAUCCUUUGACAACCCAGUACCCUUCAGAUGUUAUGUGCUACAAUUCCCAUCAGCCCUGUAGCGUAACUGCCAGUUAGCUGAAAUCCACUCUGCCAAUGCUGCUUUCUGGAUGCAGCCCAACAGAUAGGACUGGAACCAACUGUAGCACAGUUCCCCCAGCUCCCAUUUCAUGGUAUCAGUCCAGGAGGAUACCAUGGUCAAUGGUACCAGAAGCUGCAGAGAAAUCAAGGAGCAGAAGCAAAGUCACGCUUGCUCACCCCACUCCUUGUAAAAGUCACCCAUCAGGGCAAAAAAGCAUGACCCAGUCCCACAGCCAAGCUUGAACCCAGAUUGGGUUCUUAAAUUCUUACAAAAUGUCAAAACGGAUUAAAGGGGUUGGAUAAUUAUAUGUAAUUUUGAAUCCAGAGUCUAAUGUUUUGAUUUUUUCCCAAACAGUUGAUUCAGCAGGCAUUGUUAAAAAUCUUACGGUGAGUAAGCAUUUAAUCUCUCAUUUUCCUUGUAGCUUUAGUAAGAAAACAGCAAGUAUAUUAUUAUUAUUAUUAUUAUUAUUAACAGUACAUUUGUAUAUUGUACAUUGUCAACUGCCCUGAGAUCUAUGGAUGAAGGGGGCUUCAUCCAUAGAUUUCAGGGCAGUUCACAGUGUAGUUGAAGCAUUUUUUUUUCCAAAGUGUAAUUUCUGCAGUAGACUCAUGUUGUUUUCUUUGGCAGAUGUGCUACAUGUAACCUAUAUCAAUAUAUAGAUCACAGUUUUUUAUAGGGGUUAGGAUAAAUAAUUUUAAAUGUGCAAAUACUGGUAUAUAUCAAUUAAGGUAGCAUCCUAACUUUGUUCUGUGGAACACAGCCAUGAAUUUCUGUUAGGAAAAUCAGCACACUGCCAUCGGUAAGAACUUUUGUGACUCCUGUCUGGUGUUUUCAUGAAGGAAUUACAGCAUACCCUUUCUUCUCUGUGGUUAGAAGUAUCUAUUUGUGUCUUUGUGUUCUACAAUGUGAAGAUCUCACAAGUUCACUUUUCCAAUUUUAGUGCCGAAAGCCCACACAGCACCUCAAAGCCUACUUGACUCCAAAUUUGCCAAAGCGAUUGCACUACGUUAACAAUAUCCGUAUUGACAAAGUUCACCUUAUGAUGCAGCGGCAGUGGUUGGGUGUGAGGUAUGGUACUGAUGGUGACCUUAUCAUCAUCAUCAUCAUCAUCAUCAUCAUCAUCAUUUCUAUACCAUUUUAUAUUUUUAAGAAAAAUCUCAAAGCGGUUUACAGCAUAUUAAUACAUCCAGAAUCAAACAUUUCUGAAGAAAGUCAAAUAUAAAGUAUACAGUCAAAGCAACAUAAUUAACAGAAAAUGUUAUCUUAAAGAUUUCAAAAUAAAACAUUACAAAGGAGGUCAACUACAGAAUACAUAUUUAACACUAACAAAGUUAACAUUAAAACAUUUAAAAAAACUACACAUUGCUAAGUGAAGUCAAAUAUAAAAUGCACAUUUAAAACAGCAUAAUUAACAAGAGAAUAAAAUAUUACCAUAAGCAUGACACAGCUGUUUGGCAGGCACAAAAAGAUGGGCCAAAAGCACCCAAUAAUUAAGGUUUGUUGUCAGGCAUAGCGAUGUCCCUCCAGUCUCACCAGGAGUCUCUUUGGUAGGGCUGGGUGAGUCUGGGCCCCACCCCCUAGGCCAGGUGGACUCUGCGCCAGGGCAGGUGCUUUAUCUAUUCAUUCAGAUUAUACCCUUUUUUUAUAUAAAAUGUUCUGAGCGGUUUAUAAAAAAAUAUUUUAAAAGGGUAGAAACACACCAAAGAAAAAAGAGUUUCUUCCUGGCACCUACUUGCAGGGAGAGUGUGCAAGUUUCCCAGCAGCCCUUCUUCUCACUGUGACAGAGACCAGUGUCCUUUCUCUCCCUUUUGAAGCCACAGGGAAACAGAUCAUUUUUUGUCUCUUAGGCCUAGAACUGUUGAUUUAAAGCAGAGUCUGUCGUGCCCAGCGGAAGGAUGAGUAAUACGUGCUACAUACUCUAUAUUGCUUUAUUUACAGUUCAAAGCUGGUAUAUUACAGAAAGACAUCUUGCCUCUGCAAGAGCAGAAAAUGCAUCCUCUCUCCUCGACAGCUUGGAGAGAAUCACACAGUGAAAAAACAGGAAACCAGUGUACGUCACAUCCAGUCUCCCUUUCCCGUGAGAAACUCCAACAGUACAGACUGUGGAAUGUAAAACAAUGUCUCGUGACAAGCAGAGCUGCACAGUGAAGGAAAGCAGAAACCAACAUCCUCCCCCUUUCUGUGAACAUCACUGGGCAGCGUGUUUGCACAAUAUCAGUACAAACCCAACUUCUGCACAUAGGUACAGUGUUGAUCCCUUGAUACAAUCUUGGACAAUACAUCAGCAGGAAUUUCACUACCUGGCAUAUAGGACACCGUUACGAGUCCCUUCUGAAUACAUUCUCUAGCAUGCUGCAACUUUAAUUGUAAGUGCUUUGUGCUUUGCUUACAACCUUCAGACUUCAGCAAAGCCAAACAUGCUUUGUUGUCCUGGUAAACCUGGAUUGGACAUUUGACAGGAAUUUUCAUAUCUUUGCACAAUUGUACUAACCAUUCACAAUCCUUAAGUGAAUAAGACAGUGCAUUCAGUUCGGCUUCACAAGUACUUAAGCUAACUGUUGUUUGCUUCUUGCAUGACCAAUCAAACAGACCCUGAUUGUACAUGUAGCAAACUCCAGACGUACUUUUCCUGUCUGUAGCGUCACUUCCAAAACUUGCAUCUGCAAAUAUCUCAAGACCACCAGACUUCUGAUUGUUAAAUCUCAGUCUGUAAUGCAUAGUGCCUUUCAAAUACCGCGCUAUGCGUUUCAGAGCUUUCAAUCCUUGACACUAGGAUUGUUGACUUGUCUGCUUAGCAAAUUACAGCUAACAGCAAUGUCUGGUCUUGAACAUCUGGCAAUGAAGUUUAGCUUGCCUAGCACACUCCUGUACAGUGUAGUGUCAGAAAAUGCUUCUUCAGUGUCAUCUACCUGAUAACCUGUUGUCAUCGGUGUGUCUACAGGGUUAGCAUCUAUCAGAUUUAGUUUGCUUAACACAUCAGCAAUUUUCCGUGACUGGUGUACUAGAAUGUUACCAUCUUGAUCUCUCUCUAUUUCCAGAGAUAGGUAGUUGUUUACCUCACCAAGAUCUUUCAUGUCAAAGUGCUCUUUCAGUUGAGCUAGGGCGCUAUUGUACAUUGCAACAUCUUUCCAAAAGAAUAAUAAAUCAUCAACAUAAAACAAACAGUACAGUUUCUUUUGCCCCUCCUCUUUGACAAAUACACAUGGAUCAGCUUUCCUUGCUGAAAACCUAGAGAAAACAAUACUUCAGUGAGUUUUGUGUGCCAACACCGUGCACUUUGUUUGAGACCAUAAAGGGAUUUCUUCAGAGCACAAACAAAUCCCUGUUUUACCUGUACGCCAUCAGGUGGAAGCAUAUAAAGUGAUUCAUCUAGAGAUCCGUACAGAAAAGCUGUAUUAAUAUCAUGGUGACUAAUGUGUAGAUUUUCCUCUGCAGCUAGCUUGAGCAUAAGCCUAAUGCUUUCAUAUCUCACUGUGGGUGAAUAGGUCUCGUGAUAGUCUUGACCUGGUACCUGUGCAAAACCUCUGGCUACCAAUCUGGCUUUGUGUCUGACUAUCUUGCCAUUUUGAUCUGUCUUUGCUUUGAAGACCCAUUUGCUUCCAAGCAGUUUCAUUCCUGGAACUACUGGAACUAGCUCCCAUGUUUUGUUCCUUUCUAAGGAAUCAAGCUCAGCCUUCAUGGCAUUUAACCAGGGCUCAGCUUCCUUUGAAUCCAAACCCUGGAUUUCUUGGAAACUUGAAGGUUCAAAUACCUUCUUGGAGCUUUUAACAGCUGUUACUGCUAUCGUAGCAAACUCAUCAGCAAAUCUCUUUGGAGGUUUGCCUUUGUGGCUCUCUGUGACCUACGAAUUAGCCUUAAGUCUUCAACACUCUCCUCUUCCUUCUUAGGAGAAAAACGACCUAUUGUGAACAAUGGUUCCUCCAAUUCUUGAUCAGAGCUUUCAGAGGGUCGCAUAGAGGCUUUCGCACUCUCGAAAUCCUCUGAAUCACCCGAUUCAGUUUCAGAUUCAGACUCAGAACCUUCAUCAGUGGGUGUGGGCUGUUGUGGUUGCUGUUGACUAUCCUCAGUCUCAUCACCGUCAUCAGGAUAACAUUGGAAAAUUCCCACAUUCUCCCCCCACUUUGCAUUGUACUCAACACUUCUCGUGAGCUUAAUUGUCUUAGAGUCAGUCAUCAUUAUUCUGUAAGACCCUUUCUGAUAACCUAGAAAGAUACCAUGAAGUAUCUAUUUCCACCCAAAGAGGGCGUUAGUGGUCCAACCAAAUCAGCAUGAACAACCUGGUAUGGUUCUGUAGCUUUCCUACUAGACACCUUACCUUUCGCAGCCAUUUUCACCUUGUUUGCUGCGCAUGCUUUGCACUUCAUGUGGUACCUGCAGGGUUUAAUAGUCAUACCUUCAACCAAGGCAGGCAUUUUAGAUACUGCCUCAAAAUGCAAAUGACCAAAUUUUCGAUGAAAAUCGUGAAUACAUUCUGCAUGCAAACUUUUGUUAGAACCUGCAAUGCAACAAGUGUCAUCCUGCACCACAUCAUCAUAAUACAAAACAAACAAAUGAUCAACAUAUUCUGCAUGCAAUACAUAAUCAUUUUUCUUUGUGAUGAUGCACUUCUUGUUCUUGAAGGAAACGUCAAUGUUCCGCUCAUUCAGCUGUCCAACGCUGAGCAGAUUUUGUUUGGCGUCUGGCACGUAAAGCACAUUCUGUAUCGAUAAGUCCAAACUGUGAAGAACAACAGUUCCGUAGCCUUUACUGGGAAUAGUGUGGUCAUCCGCCUGGUGAAUCGCACCUUCCUGCGGUGUAAAAGACACAAACAGUUUCUUAUCGUUGCACAUGUGGUGGGUGGCCGCUGAAUCUACAACGAAGAAAGAUCUAGACGUCUUCUGGACCUCUGCAACCUUUGGAGUGAAGCGUGAAACCAUAGCCUUGUGCUGCGUUGUCCUAGACACCGGACCUUUGCCUUUGCCUCGGCCUUUUCCGCGCGAUGAGCUUUCGCUGCGCUGCUCUGUCUUGGCCCUGGGAUGUCUGCAUUCCCUCUUCAUAUGGCCUAGACGUCCACACGAGUAGCAUUUGACUGCCUUCAAAGCUUUGGCGCCAUCUGGUGGUUCCACUGCACUAUGGGAUGACGUCUGUGAAGACUCCCCUUGCCCAUGCAGCUAGCACCCGGCGAUCUGCUUCAUUUAAAAUCACGGCAGUAACAAAGUCCACUGUCAGCUGAGCAGUUGGUUGCACAGCAAUCUGGGUUGCAACAGACUCCCAACCUGAACCCAAAGAUUGUAGUAUCAUGAAAGAAUACACAGCCUCUGGAAAGUUGAGUCCUCUCUGUUGCAGCUCAUGUCUCAGAUUUUGCAUCUGCAUCAGAUGUAAACGCACAUCUCCACCUUCAGCAAGAGCCAUAUUAUGCAGCUUGUUAAAAUAAAACAUAGUGGAUCCAGCUUCUGUCCUUAAGUGAGCCUCUCUCAGAGCGUCCCAAAUUUCUCUGGCUGAGGUCUUAUCACGCAAUAGACAGAGCUCUUCUGGGGAUACUAUCAAUGUAAGAGUUCCCCUUGCUUUGGAAUCCUUAGCUUGCCAUGCAUCUGUAACUGGAACUGGGGGGGUUCCUGUAAUCACCUCAAACAAACCCUCUUUCCGCAGAAUUGCCUCUGCAUACUGAACCCAGUCGCUGUAAUUUUUCUUGUUGAGCUUAGGAACCCCACAAGCAUCCUGAAGGGCCAUCAUGACUCUGGCAUUAGCCUUCAGCGUCAUAUGCUGCUUUAAAUCUUGCUGCGUCACUGCUGCAGCUGCCUUAUCACAAAGGCACACUUAAAAGUUACUUUCGAUUUCCCCAGCAUAGUGACUUGUGCCUGGGAGCCUUUUGCCUAUUUGCAAAACCGGCUUUAAAAGUUCAAAGUCCAGCCAUAAAGCCAUUAACUUGAAGCUGGCAGGCUGCCCGGAGCAGUAGCACAUACCUCAUCAAUCACUUCUACGCGCAGAGCAGAUUCCUUUCCGAUCCGUCCCUCUGCAUUCCGAUCCUUUGCCGGCACUCCGAUUCGACCUCUGGAGUCCAUAACCACGUGUUGAUUUAAAGCAGAGUCUGUCGUGCCCAGCGGAAGGAUGAGUAAUACGUGCUACAUACUCUAUAUUGCUUUAUUUACAGUUCAAAGCUGGUAUAUUACAGAAAGACAUCUUGCCUCUGCAAGAGCAGAAAAUGCAUCCUCUCUCCUCGACAGCUUGGAGAGAAUCACACAGUGAAAAAAACAGGAAACCAGUGUACGUCACAUCCAGUCUCCCUUUCCCGUGAGAAACUCCAACAGUACAGACUGUGGAAUGUAAAACAAUGUCUCGUGACAAGCAGAGCUGCACAGUGAAGGAAAGCAGAAACCAACAAGAACUUCAUAUCUUGUCACCCCUGUGUGCCUCAGUUCCUCAGGCUCCCUUCCUGCAAAAGUGAGCUCAGGUACUGAGAUCUUUCCCUUUUCAUUCAGCCAGGCUUUGUUCCGCUGCCAGGUGAAUACCAUUUCAUUCAGCCAGCCAGUGUGAACUGCUUCUAGUUUGGCUGUUUUUUCUGCUCUGCAAUUCUAUUCUUUUAGUUUAUUUUUUUCAGUUUGAUUGUUGGGAAUAUCUCUGUAAGUCACCCUGUGAAUAUUAACUUUCUAAAUAAAUGUAAAAUUACAUAAUCAAAUCAAAACAGAAACUCACAAAAUUCCAUAUUAAUGAACCUCUUGAGAAUUACACUGACUUCCACUGAACUGACGUAGUUGUCUCAUCAUGUCAUUGAAGUUUCGCAACUCCUGAGAAUGUAGAUUUCCUUCAUUAAUAUUUCCAAAGAAAUAAAAUGAUAAAUGCAAUCAUAGGGCCAUGUGACCUGACAUCUGGACAUUUCAGCUUAGUUUUGUCAGAAUGCAGUUAGGAUAAACCAAACCAUGUCAAAUCUGGAUUUUGCAAGUACAGUGGUACCUCAGUUCUCAAACUUAAUCUGUUCCGGAAGUCCAUUUCAAAACCAAAGCGUUCCAAAACCAAGGUGCACUUUCCCAUAGAAAGUAAUGCAAAACAGAUUAAUGCAUUUCACACUUUCAAAAACAAUCCCUAAAAGAGCAAUUUAACAUGAAUUUUACUCUCUAAUGAGACCAUCAAUCCACAAAAUGAAAGCAAUAAAGAAUGUACUGCAGUCACAUAAUCAGUCAGUCAGUCAGUCAGUAGCUGAAUUGGGUUCCAUACAGUCACAAAAACAAACAAAAAGAGGCACAAAAACAAAAACACAAAAUAAAUAGCAAAAAUGGACAGACCUCAGCGUAACACUCAAAAUGGUUCAGCUUCCGAAAAAAGUUCACAAACCAGAACACUUGCUUCCGGGUUUGCAGUGUUUGGGUUCCAAGUUGUUUGAGUACCAAGGAAUUUGAGAACCAAGGUACAGCACCACUGUAUAUUUGCGAAUGGAAGCUUUUAGUCAAACUGCUGAUGAAACUUCUGAUCAAGGCAGAAUGCAGACAUUUCUGUGUAAAGACAGCAGACUCAUCAAUACCAGUUGCUGGGGAUCAGUAACGGAAGAAGGCUAUUGAGUUCAUUGCUCUGCUUGUGCAUAGUCAGAAGUAUCCUGCUGGCUACUACCUUUGGAAUACGAAUAAUCCUGAAAGGCAGAGAAGGGGAACUUGUGGCCCUAGCAGCAGCCAACAUGGCCAAUGGCUCAGGAAUGAGAGUUGCUGUAGUCUAGAAGGGCACAGGUCUGGAAGGGCACAGGCUCCCCAUUCCUUCUGCAUGGCAACACCCAUGUCUUCAUUUCACAAUCCUUGAGGAACACUGUGAUUCCUCCAUCUUCCUGCAUUAGAUCCUAACACUUGCGGGCCUUUUAGAUUUUAAAAUCAGGUGCAGACGUCUGUCCCCACCACUGCUUUCUACACAAUUGUACUGAUCUCUUGACAUCUAAUGCAGUUUGAAUUUACAAUAGCCACACAAUUCUAGGAGCGGGGAAUAAUUUGUUUUGGCAUGUGUUCAUUGUUCAACCUUGCAUAUGAAGAAUUUCCAAAGUAUCAAAAGUGCUUACAAAUAUUGGGUGUGGGUGUGUUGGAGUUAUGUGCUGAAGUUACUCCAAAUCGUUACAAAAGAUAAUUGAGUCAACAUAAAAUAUUUCCAGUAAAUGACUCCUGUAGUUUGGCAGUCUUGUUUAUUCCGUCUUGCCUUCCAAAAGUCACAGCAGUGAGUAAGCAAAAAAUUUCCAGGCAAAUGCAGUCAUUGUUAGUCAAAAUAUUGUAAAAUUUCUUUUAUGGCUCAAAGGAAAGGAGGAAAAGGUGUAAAAAAGGAAAUAAAAGAAAUAGUUCUGAAAUAUGUAAAUGAACUACACAUUUAUAAAGCUAAAUAAUUUUUAUACAACAAUUUCCAAGACGAUUAUGAGCAACUCUGUGUUUGAUCUUGUUGUCAUUUUGCUGUAGUUACCCCUUCGUUGCCGUAGUGUUUUCCGCCACAAACACAUAAUCCCCUUUCACACCCAUCCACAUGUGCUUGGGAGCUGGAGUUGGUCCUUGGCUCCCUGACAUGUGUCCUUGAGAUAUAAAGAUGAGCAUCUUUGGUUCUCACUCUUCCUCUUUGCUACUCAGAACCCAGUUGCAACUCUGGUAUGCAGACAUCUUAGCUGCACAAAGUGUGGAGCCACUCCAAAAUACAACACUUCCCUGACACACUUAAGGUAAAGGUAAAGGUACCCCUGCCCGUACGGGCCAGUCUUGCCAGACUCUAGGGUUGUGCGCUCAUCUCACUCUAUAGGCUGGGAGCCAGCGCUGUCCGCAGACACUUCCGGGUCAUGUGGCCAGCGUGACAAGCUGCAUCUGGCGAGCCAGCGCAGCACACGGAACGCCGUUUACCUUCCCACUAGUAAGCGGUCCCUAUUUAUCUACUUGCACCCAGGGGUGCUUUCGAACUGCUAGGUUGGCAGGCGCUGGGACCGAACGACGGGAGCGCACCCUGCUGCGGGGAUUCGAACCGCCGACCAUGCAAUUGGCAAGUCCUAGGCGCUGAGGUUUUACCCACAGCACCACCUGCGUCCCAUCCCUGACACACUUACUAAUGGCGUAAGAUGUGAAGAGUGCUACUGUUUUAUUUGAAUUUGUCUCCACAUUUCAAUGUUGAUAGUUUCUAAGGCAGAUGGCAAGUUUAAAACACAAAUAAAAACAGGAAAAAAGCGGGAAAAUAAUACGAGGACAUAGCACCAGAUGAGCAUCUCUGGUGAGAGUUCCAUAUGUUUGCUGCUGCUUUAGUAUCAUUUUAUCUUGGUUAGGUCUUUCUUCUUCCUAGAAUAAUACCAUCCAAUCAGAAACCAUGCCGUUAGUGAAUGUGAUGAUGCCGCAGUGCUAUUUGGCUGUGGGAAUAUAUCAUUGAGAUCAAAUUAAUCCCAUUCAGGGGACAGUAACUUCCUGAAUAGGUAGAGUAUUUUCAUACAAUCACCCUUUCGAAGCAGAAUUAUUGACAAAAAUUGCUGAAGGGAGUGCCUUUUGACAUUGAUUGCAAAAAUAGCCUCUUCUCUAGAGUCAGCUCUUAUUUGAAAUAAUAUUUCUUGUUGAAGCUUACAUGUUAGUUCAAUAUCUGUCUUUUUUCAGGUCUAAAAGCUAUACACAUUGUGGGGGUGGUAACCAUGGCUUUGACAAUGAGUUCAAAAGUAUGCAGGUAAGGAUUUUUUUAAAAAUAAAUAGAAAAACCUAUUUAUCUGUUAUUUCCUGUAAGCAUUUGCCACAGAAUCAACUCCAACAUUUCUCAUGUCCUGCAUGGGUGUUGUUUUACACUAAUACAUGACUUACAAUCCAUGGGCCAGAGGGUGUGUUGAGUAGAUGCACCACCAAAAUGUGAAGUGUGUUGUGAGUCCUCUUUGAGGGUAAAGGAACUACUUGAAGGCUUAUGUCAAAUCAUAAAACCCUGGGUUGCUUAUGCACCCAAAAUUGUCUAAGCUAGACUGUUAAAAAUUGCUUUUUUCUUCUGGAAUAAACCACAUGUCUCUAAUCAGUAAUUUCUCCCAUGUAUGGCUUGAGUCAAACUUUUGCUAAACUAGCUUUAUUUUAUUGUUUUAAACAAAUUUGCUGAAAGCUAUUUAGUAACACCAUUUUUGUUAUGACUACCCAGGCCAUCUUUGUGGCACAUGGACCAGGAUUUAAAGAAAAAACUGAGGUGAAGCCUUUUGAAAACAUUGAGGUUUACAAUUUAAUGUGUGGUGAGUAUUAACUAGAUUAUGUCUGUUUUGCCACCAAUAGUUUUAAGACUGGAGCAAAGUAAACUGAACUCAGUAUGCAGAGAACAUUUAAUUGCUACACAAAACAUAUUGUACUACUUCAGGACAUAAUGCAAACAUAUAUGGUGGAGUUCAGACAGGUACCCUGAGGUUAUAAUCCUUCUUCCUAUGUGGUAGGUGUACUGAGGAACAGAAUCGCUGUUCUGUAUUUUGUAUUAUGAAAAGCAGGCAUAUCCACUGCUCUGACUUCCAGAUUGGGACAUCUACAAAGAACGCAACUGCACAGUAGAUUCCAUGGCCCUUCAUCCCAUGCGUACAUGGUGUGGCUCUCUGUAUUUAGAGGACAUCCUCCUGCCAGUGAUGGCAGCCAUGUUUUUCUUCUUCAGCUUUAUGCACAGAGAAAAUAGUUCUGCUUAACUCAUAGGGAGGACAGGUUUUGGAAGUCAACAGUAGGGAGGCAAGCAUUUCCACAGCUGAAGCUGUGAGGGCAUAAUCAAAGGAAUGUACUGAAAUGAUAUGGCCAAAGCUGGAGUGUACUACUUAUGCAGCCUAACUUAUGCAGACCCAAUCAACCCAUUAACAGUGCAUGUAGUUGCCCUGUAACCAUGGCUGGCCCUCAUGUUUGGCUGAGGGAACGAACAUGGGACAGCAAGAUCAUGUGGGAAAUGACCACAACAGUAGAAGGAAAAGUAGUAUUGGCAUGACAGCUUUCUUCAUGAGUGAUUCAUAGGAACACUACAAAGCUACCUCAUAUGGAGCCAAACCAUUGGUCCAUCUCACUAAGUAUUGUUUACAUUAACAGUGGCUUUCCUGGGUUUCAGGCUGGGGACAUUCGCAACCCUACCUGGGUAUACCAGAUUUUAAACCUAGAACCUUCUUUAUGCAAAGCAGAUGCUCUAACAUGCAGUUCCAUCCCUUUCCCAAAAGCACCAUGACAAUUUUUCAUUGAAUUUUACAGUGGUAAGGUAUAGAGUCUAACCAGAGAAGACGCUACCAUGCCACACAGCACCGUAUCAAUUUGACCCUAAAACAUUCCAGUCAAUAACCCGGUGCAUUCUUCUCAAGAAUCAAAGCAGCUGGCAAAGACGGCAAUGUUGGGUUCUUUAGCAGGAAAUCCUCGUGCAUUUUUAUUAACAGCCAAGUUUACAUCACCUAGCGGAAAUUAGCUCUUGUUCAAGUUAAGCCUUGCACAGAGCCCGCCCGAAAGAAAUCAUUUUCACUUUCCGUGACAGAUCUGCUUAAGAUUACGCCAGCAGCAAACAAUGGUACACAUGGUACCUUGAAUCACCUACUGAAGGUUCCUUUUUACACUCCAUCACCUGCGAAAGAAGAGUCAGCUCCUUCUUUAUGCCCCAUGAAUUCCCCCGCAUCACCAGAUGUUUCUGGAUGUGUCUGCAGCUUGGUAAGUCUGAACACGAUCAUUAACUCCUAAAAUGGUUAGACAUUCAUUUCCCACCCCUCACCCAAAAGCAAGAAGUAGUGAUAGCCACCAACUUGGAUGGCUUUAAAAGAGGAUCGGAAAAAAUCGUGUAGGAUAAAGCUACUAACCACAUUGUCUAUGGGUUACCUCUGCUGUUCAAAACAGGGGUGAGUGCUGUAGCACUCAGGGCCUUUAUAUGGGCUGCCCAUUGACAUCUGGUUGGCCACUGUGGAUGCUGGGUUAAUGACCUUAUCCAGCAAGCUCUUUUCAUAUUCUUGUGGGGUUGUUUUUUUAAACUGAACUUUUAAAAUGUGAACUAUUCAUUUGUGAAUCAUGUUUUACAUGUGCAUCAAUGGGGUUUCUAUACAAAGAAUAAGAAUUUAAGGAUGCCGACACAGGAGUGAAAACUCCUCCGGUCGCUGAUGUUGGGAAGGAAGGCAGGAAGGGGGGAAAUGCAGGUUUCUCUCUCUCUCUCUCAGGCUUCCUUCUGCAGCAGUGGGUGUUUGGGGCUCCUGCAAGGGAAGGGGGAAAGCAGGUUCACAAGGUAUAAAGGUGGGAGGUUUUGAAAGGUGUGGUGGGUUUGAUAUGGGCUGGCUACUUGGUGGGGUUGGCAAGUGAAGAAAGCAAUGGCAGCAGUUCCUUGCACUUUUGUCUGUCUGCUUGUUUUUAGAUAACCGAUGUAAAUGUGAUAAAUGAAAGAUUGAGGCUCACUGAUGAAGCAAGUGAGUAUUGCUGCUACUCCUUUUCCAUCCAUCUGUUGUGGCAGCGGAGGGCAGGUGUUGGGGCCUCAGAUUAACAGUCUCCUAAACUCCCCUCAAGCAGCUGAAUAGUGACAGUGGGUAGGGAAGUAUUUGGGGACCCCAACCCUUCUCAAAGGUGUUGUUGGACUCCCAUCAGCCCCAGCCACCAUGGCCAUUGGUCAGGGAUGAUGGCCCAACAGUAUCUGGAGGGCCACGGGUUUACCACUCUCCGGGCUAUAGGGUAGGGGAGUAUGCAAGGAAAGCAGCAGACAGGGAAAAGGCAGAAGUAGAGGGCAAGUUGUUUAGCUGAAUGUGUAAGAUGAAGUGGUGGAUACAGUGGUGCAGUGGUUAGAGUGCUGGACUAGAACCUGGGAGGCCAGGGUUCAAAUUCAUACUUGGCCAUGAAGCUCGCUGGGUGACCUUGGGCCAGUCACUGUCUCUGGUUAAAUACGGACAGGGAAAACCAUAUGCACCACCUUGAGUUCAUUAGAGAAAAAAGGUGGGAUAUAAAUGCAAUAAAUAAUAAAAAUUUGAACCAGAAACAAGAUAAGUUUGGCAGAGAAUAUACUAGGCAGCAGCUUGCCCAAAAUUUCAAAUAAUCUUUAUACCCAUGCUCCCCUUUUCAAAUUUAUUGGAAAGCAAAGACUCUGAAUAAACACAUGUAUUUCAUCAUAACUUCUCAAAAAGACUGUAUUCAGUUGCUGCACACCCACCAAAGCCAUCCCCCCUCCCCCCAGGUCAUCACAUAAAUGUGGAACUCAGUAAUUAUGGUUUAUAUUCUAGAGAAGACGUCCGAAGCUUCUAAUUUGCCUUAUGGUAGACCCAAGGUCUUACAGAAAGAGAAUACCUAUUGCCUCCUUCACCAGAAUAAAUAUGUGAGUGGAUACAGCCAAAACAUCUGGAUGCCACUAUGGAGUUCUUAUACUGUCAACAAACCAGUAAGUUUUCAGAUUUAUAUACCUUUUGAAGUGCAAUGAAAGGCCAUACACGGGGAAGGGCUAUAGCAAAACUGCUCAUUGCAGGAACAUCAGGCAGUUAUCACUGUGUUCGUGUGUUUGUAAAAUGGGCCAGGCAGCAGCUGCUCAGACUGAGUGGUUGUUGGUCUGCUUUGGGGGAAGAUGGUACUUAGUGUACGAUCAGGGUUACCAAAUUGCCAUUGGAAAAGCUGCAGCUUAAUGGCAGAGCAACAUUCUUUGCAUGCAAAAGAAUGCAAUCCAUAGAUAGGGCCAGGAAAACCCCCAAUAUGAAACCCCAGAGAACUACUGCCAGCCACCUUGAGAGCCAGGUUAGGAUCUGGGAGACCUGAGUUCAAAUCCUGACUUAGCCAUGAAAGCUCACUGGGUCACCUUGGGCCAGUCCUUGUGUCUCGGCCUAACCAACCUCUUAGAGUUGUUGUGAGAAUGAGAUGGGAGAGCGAGAGUCAUGCAUGCCACCUUGGACAGAUUCCACGAACCCCAGUUCACUUAAUACUGUAGCAGCUGGGCAAGCCAAAACACCAAGCCCACAUGAACUGGCACUGGCAACCUGAGCAACAGAACUUUAUGAUUCUGCAAUAUGUGUACUUUGCUUUUUGAGCUAGCAGGGGGAGCACUUCACUGCUGGGAAGAAAUUCAAAGGGGAGGAGAACAGAGGAAUGAGUCACUGCUUGCAGCAGGACUCCUGUCCAACCUCCACCCUGGCAUCAAUAGUACCAGGUUAUUCUGGUAGCUGAGAGAGAAGAGCGGCAAACACCAGGGAACAGCUUUUCCCAGAUGGCAAGCGGCUUCUAAUCCUCAAUGAAAUUGCUGGACUGGAGAUUCAGGAGACACAAAAGGCUGUACUUUUUCAUACAAUACAUAAUUAACUUACAAGACACUGUGGUGGCCUCUAGCUUAGAUGGUUAUGAAAGAGGAUUAGACAAAUCUGGGGGAGAUAAUGUCUAUUAGUGGUUUUUAGCUAUCACGGCAACAUAGAGUCUCCCUUUUCAGAGGAAGUGUAUCACUGAAUGCUAGUUGCUGGUGGGACAACAGUGGAAGAAAGUUAUUGCCUUCAUGUCCUGCAUGCAUACUUCCCAGAGGCAAUGUCCUGCCUGGCCACAGUGGGAAACAGCAUUCCCUAGAUGGACUUUUGAGCUGAUCUUUUCUUGUAAUCCAGAAGUGGGAAACCUUUGGCCCCUUCCUGCUAUGUCUUGAUCAGAAUCUUACACCUCUGGUAUUCAUGAAUUAAUCUGGUGUGGGUUUACAUAGAACAUGGCUGGCUGAUGCAUCUGUGGCCUUCCAGAUGUUGUUGAACUCCAGCUGUCAUCAGGCCUUGCCAGCACGGCUAAUGGUCUGGGACUAUGGGAGCUGGAGUCCAACAACAUCUGGAGUGGGGCACAGGUUUCUCACCCCUGAUCCUGAUUACAUUAGGAGAGAUGCUUAAAUAAAUGCAUAACCUCUCAUUUUAAAAAUUAUUUUUGCACAAUACACAGCUGGCUCAAACCCACGCGAAAGGAGCGUGUCUGUUUCUUCUGCUUCUCAUCUCUGAUAAUAAUCUCUUAAGGCUUGUUUUUUGGCACAAGGAAAAUGACCUCAUUGCAGAGGGAGCUUUUUUUGGCAUCCAUUUAUACUUAGACAGCACAACAGUUCCACAACGUGAAGCAUCUGUUGCCAUACUUUAGGGAGACUGCAGCGGGAAUGGAGUUGUCCUGGGAGACCUAAGCCAGCCCAGAAAAGCCAGGUGGCAUCAUUGUGGUAAACAUCAGAACAUAUGACCAUAGGUCUGCCUAGUCCAGCCUCUCACACUGCCUAACCACCUGCCUAGUUAAACUGUGGAAUUUGCUGUCCCAAGGUACAGUGUUGGCCACCAAUCUGGAUGGCUUCAAAAUGAGAUUAUUUGAAGCUGUUUAAGCUAUCAGUGACUGCUAGUAGUCAUAAUGGCUGUGGUGUACCACCAGUUCCAGAUGAACACCCAAGUAGGGAGAGUGCCUGUUGCCUUCAGGUUCUGUUUGUGGGCUUCCCAUGGGCAUUGGGUUGGCCACAUAGCUGGACUAUAAUAGCCCUUUGGCCUGGACCAGCAGGGCUGUCACAGUCUGGGUUACGGGCAGUCGGAGUCCUGGCUUGGUACGUCGGGGCUGGGAAGCAGGAAUCAGCAGUCCAGGGUCAGCAGUCCAGGAGUCAGGAGGCCAAGAGUCCAAGGGUCAGGAAACCAGGAGUCAGGAAGCUGAGGGUCCAAGAGUCAGGAUUCCAGGAGUCGGGAAGCCAAAGCACAGCUAGGUGGGUAGCAUGUUGCCAUGGCAAAGAGCCAGAGGGAAAUGCUGGCCUUAUAUACUCCUCCUGACCCUUGCCACCAGGUGCUACGAGUCUUCUGUCAAGCCUCACCUGUGAGGCCGCACCUUGCCCUUCCAGGCCAAACUCAGGAAGGCCCUAGUCCUGCGAGGCCCUACCAGUCACAGGGCCCGGCUCCUGCACGCACUCCUGACAAGUUCCAUGUUCUGAACCUCGCAAGCAGGGCAGGAGAGCAAUUGCACUCUUCUGCUACUGUUCCCCCAUAACUGGUAUUCAGAAGCACACUCCCUCUCUGAUCUGUGGCAAACAAAACAUACAGCAUUCCCACCCAGCCUUCCUCUUUCUGCCUUGGCUCUCGCCUUCUUUCUGAUUAUUACCAGCACUUGUGAAUCAGUGAAGGAGAAUUGGAUCAAACGGAAGGGCUCAGCCCUCUGGUCUGCUUUUCUGACAUUACAGUGGUACCCCGGGUUACAUAUGCUUCGGGUUACAUACGCUUCAGGUUACAGACUCAGCUAACCCAGAAAUAUUACCUCAGGUUAAGAACUUUGCUUCAGGAUGAGAACAGAAAUCGUGCUCCGGAGGUGCGGCAGCAGCAGCAGCAGGAGGCCCCAUUAGCUAAAGUGGUGCUUCAGGUUAAGAACAGUUUUAGGUUAAGAAUGGACCUCCGGAAUGAAUUAAGUACUUAACCCGAGGUACCACUGUAUCUGAGAGGACCCUAGAAGCGGUCCAGCAAAAGCAAAUUUGCAGAGGUGGCACCAGAGGCUGCUGAGACCCCCUGCUUUAAACCGGAUGCUUCUUUGGCCACCCUCCAAGCUUCCUGGUGGCACUUUCACAUACAUGCAGCUCUGUUUUGGUCCUUAUAUUCACUCCCACAGAAACCAUUGCCACAGAGCAGGCAAAUGAGAUGAGAGUUUGGAGAGGGUGGGGAGUGAGGGCUUUAUGGGGCUAUAUCCAGCUUGCUGACCAGGGGUUUACUACUCCAGUUUUUAAAAAGCAGCAUUUCAAUAGUGGUAGUUUUAUUUUCAAUCCAUUUCCUAGUGAUUCCCAACAUAGAAUUUACUUUUUCCUCACAGCACACAUAAUGUUUUACCACAUCCUGAAGAUGUAUUUUUGAUGGCAAAUACAGUUCAAUGUAACUUGAUGCCAUUUAUUUAUUUAUUUUCAAUUCACCAAGCCUGGAAAGAACCGUUUGUAGCUCUUCAUCAUUCCUUUUUGUCUUUACUACCCUGAAUUAUUUACAGAACUGUUAUCUGCAAAUGUGGCUGUUUCACUGUUCACUCCUAACCUUAGAAACAAGUUAAAAAGCACCAGUCUUAAUAGACACUGCCAGAGAACUCAUGAUGUAUUUUUUUAAAAAAUGGUUGCCCUUAAUGUUUUUAGUGACAAUGUAAUAUUUUAGCUAGAUAAUUUGAAGGGGUUUUUUUUUUUCAACACAGUGGAGAAAAUAUUCUAGAUAGAGGUUUACAAUGCUUUUCAUAAGGUAUGAAAAAGAAGCCAGCACUUCUUGAAGUAGGUGUGUACAAAGAGUUUUGAUGCUGAGACAUCAAUAAAAAUGUCAUUAGCUCUAGGAGUAAGGCUUUGAGUAGAUGCUAAAACCUGAUGGAUGCCAAUGACUGCUAUCUGCCCUUGUUAUCUUUCAACAAGAGAGAAUGGUUGCCUCCAGAUAUACUAGCAGCCUUCUAAAAAGAAGGCUCACUGGUUAUUUUCCAGCUCCUGCUGUGUGGUAUUUGUUCUCCUUUUGCAGGCAGUGAAAUCAAAAGAGCCUUAAAAGGAGAUCCACAUCAUAGGAUUUCUCUGGACUACCUGUUUAUUCAGCAUUCAUACUGAUUCACUUGUGCAGUGUCAAUCAUUCAUUCAUCUCACUUAUUCCAGUGUAUUUCUCUGUCGCUUUCCUAACUGCAAAAAGUCUGCUUCUUUUAAAAAGUGGAUUAAUUGGGUGAGAAAGCCCUUUAAGUCGCUUUAAUCGUACAAGCCUAAAUUUCCAGUAUGUGUUUUAAUCCCUUCUACGAAAUAUUGCCAGACUGAAGGUGGCCACAAUCAGGUUAGACCUACAAAUGGAAUCAAAAUUAUAGCAGAAUCUCAUAAUAGACCAAUUUUUGGUUACAUGGAGAUGUUUAUACAAUCCAUUUUGAUGAAGGAAUACCACCAUGAGGUGACAUUUUCUGUUAUUUUUUCCACAGUUACAUAUUCUCUAUCUAUCUGCCUACAUCUAGUUUGGCCCUUAAGCAACAGGGGCAUUGAAGUACCAGUGUUGGCUCAGAAAUCCACCCCACUAUGUUUUUUUGAUAGCCAGCAUAUCCUGAGCUAGUCCCUUUAGGUUAUAAAAAGCACUUUGUCGUGAGUCAGUGAAAUAGCAGAGUCAGUAGCCAGAUUUCCUGAGGCAGUGAUUUAGGGAAAAACUAUGAUUUUUCCCUCUGACUGUUGGCAAAGUUUAUGAGGAAAAACCCACCUCCUGGAUAGGAAAGAUUUGGUUGUACCGAGUCACCAACCCCUCCUACACACACACACACUCACUCAUUUACUCAUAGACUCAUUCACUCUUUUGAAAAGAAAGUAAACACCUUUGUGUUCCAGAUUAUUGAAAUUGUCCUGCAGUGUAUGAUCUGUAAUUGAGCCCCAUGUUCUAUUUUUUUUGUCAUGAAUGUGGCCUGCCAGACCUCUUAGAUUGGCCCUCAGGAUUCUCCUCAGGCCCUAACCCCACCCCACACCUUGUGCUGGCUCUGCUCCAUGUCAUCUUCAAAUGUUUUUUUCCUGACUGAGAUGUGCCCUUGACCCAUGAUAAUGUCUCUUGCUUCCCUGCCUCACUGGGGAUAUGCAUUAUGUGUUGUGUGUUGUGUUGUGUUGUGUUGUGUUGUGUUGUGUUGUGUUGUGUGUAUAUAUGUUGUGUUUGUGUGUGUGUGUGUGUGUGUUUGUGUGUGUGUGUUUAUUUGUGUAGUUGGACUGCAGUCUCCUCUACAAAAGCAAGAGUCCCAUCCAUUGCUCUGCCCAUUUUCCUUUCUGGCCCCACCCACUUUUUGUUGGCCUAUGUCCACCACUGACAUGUGGCCCUCAGAAGGCUUUCCUACAAGGAGAUUUGAUUCAUGGGAUGCAUACCACUUGGUUCCUCAACACUUGGUUACACUUCAGUUCCACGACUUUUCAGCUGAAUGUCAGAAAUCACCUCACUGAAAACUGUGGGCAUUUGCUGUGGCAUUGGACCAUGUGGAAGUUCUGUCUAUGGCUGUUGCUUCAUGUUGGGUCAUUCACACACGCCACUCAUUCCUGGAUUGGUACAUUCUUGAAACUGGUAUAGAAAUACGACUAGUUGGAUGAGAUUUUGAAAAUGGGCCCAUACCUGGUUGGUUUUUUUAAAAAGUGCUGUAUAAAGAAAAAAAGGGCAUUGAAGAACAUCUGAACUGAGUAGGGUUUGCAUCUCUGGGUCAAUGAGUUUGUGGGAUCUUUUUUUUUUUUAAUGCCUCAUUUAUAUAUUUUCUUUUCUUCCUUAUACCGCUUAAGAAACACCAACACCACCCCUGGAAGUGGCUGGGUAAUGGCCUGGCAGUCAAAAGCAACUGCUUCCAAAUGCUGUAGUUAGAAGUCCCACAAAAUGCAAAUAAAUUAUGCCUCUUGACACAUUGAUUACUGUUUCCUGUUUAAAGCAUGCUCUUCUUACCAAAGGCAGUGACUGUACUUUUCCUCUCAGUCUGACCUACCAUGCAGCUUCAACUAAGCAUUAUAAGAGACACCAGGCUGCCACUACUUUGCUUGCUGGUCUCUGCUUCUCAUCAACUGACUGUUGGCUGGGUGUGUGUGGUGGGGCCGGGGGUGGCAGAGUAAGGCACAGCCCAAUGACAUGAUGUUAAAGAAAAUACCUAAGGAAAGGCACAGAACAGCAGAAAUUCGGUGUCUCUGGCCCCAUCUUUUUAAACUCUAAGAUAAAGGUUGGGGUUUUUUUUUUAAUCAUCUGGAAGUAUUUCUGCUACAAGUUGAGGAAAGACAAUUAACACAUUGCCUUACUUGAUAAAUUUGUUUUUGCUUCUUUAUUGUUUCUACACUGACUGACAGAGGUCCUGGGGUUCCCUAUGGGAGGUUUCCCCCCAGUCCUACCUGCAGAUCUUGAACCAAAGGAGGCCAGGAAGGCAUACAUGAUGCAAUCUCUGUGAAGCUCUAGUUUGAGUCACACAUCUUAACUUGUUGAUUAGAGCCAAUAGGGCAAAUGCCUUGCAUCUUUAAUCCAAACCUGCUUUGAUCUUUGCUGCAACUGCUUUACAUUGGGCUGACUUCCCCUCCUUCCUCCCCAUCCAUUAUCAAAAUGCUGAAGGACCAAGAAAUAAACAGACUGGAAAGAAGGGCUAAAGUCCAUUUCUAUUUUUAGCGCGGACAUGAUUCAUUAUAAAAAUAGGAAAAGAAAGAAUCAAUGAAAGCUAGGCUAGGAAGUCACAAAACUGUAGGUUAGCCACGACUGUGGGUGUAAUACUCUCUCUCCCCCCCCCUUUCCAGGCGGGAAAUGCAUCUUCUCUUCCUCCCCCUGCUCCAGACUGUCUGCGGCCUGAUGUUAGAAUCCCUGAAGCUCAGAGCCAAAACUGCUCCAACUACCAGCCAGACCUGAACAUCACCCACGGUUUCCUCUACCCUCCCAGUUAGUAGUUCUCUUUAUAUAGAAAAGAUCAUAAUGUUGUAAUCGGCUGGAUGUGGCUGGGUGUUUAAAAACAUAUACACAGCACUGAAACAACACACUGGGGAUAAGCAUGGCAUUAAAAAGGGAGAGAGGGGGGUAUUUCAGUGGUGUUUCUUUUGUGAAAGAAUAGCUUAUUAUAGUCACUGCCUUCUGUAGUACCAGACCACAAGGCUCCUCAAGUCAUAGUCAAAUAUUUUUCUUCAACAGGCUUAGAUUUACGUUGAGAAAGGAGAUAUGUAAACGUUGCAUGGAAAGGAAUCUGUUAGAAACCAGGCUCACGGUGAUUCAUUUGCACAUAACAUGGAGACAUGGCUUGUUUUAACCAUGCUUUGUUCAUUGUACGAUGAGGCAAGCAAACAAGCCACAGAUUGUUUCUCCAAAGCUUGGUUUGUUUUCCAGUUGCUCCUGCCUUGUGCCUCUGUAGCUUGGUGAGCGUCUGGGGUGAGGUGGCCAAGCAAGCCAUUUUUAAGCAAGGUGGUUGGUUUCUGGCAUAACACCAGAUAAUAGUUAAAACAAGCCAUGGUUCAUAAGCCAACAACAAACCAUGGCAUCUCAUUGUGCUUUGUUGCCAGAAAACCAAUCAUGGGAAAGGGCAUGGUUGGCUGGCAGAAACCCUGAAGAGAAGAAAUUCACUCUAUUGCUGCAGGGUCCACAUGUAUCUUUCUGUUACCACCAUGUUUGAUCCUAUGUUUUCAUGCAAGAGGGCAGAAAGGAUAUUAAAUAAUAAAAUUUAAGAGGUAUUUUAAUGAAUAGAUCCAUCAGAAUUGUAAACAAAAUUGUGCUCAGUUUAAAAUAAUUUUGGUUUAGUUUUCAUGACUUACAAACUAUUAAUCCCAUUUUCCCCCCACAGACUUCAAUUCAACUGCAGAUGAACAAUAUGAUGCUUUACUUACCAGCAACAUUGUUCCCAUGUACAAAGAAUUCAAAAGUAAGUGCUGAUAAUGGCCUACACUUUGAUAUUGCAUUAUUUACCUGAGAGUUUAUGCUUGCAUUCUGGCCUCUUCUGGUCUGUGUGGUCAUGGGACAGAGAAGCCAUACUGAUUCAGCAUAACAGCUCCCCUUGUAGCUGAUUCUAUCUCACUGUACUUUCAAUUGCAGGAUUAUGGGAUUACUUGCAUAAUACACUGCUUCCAAAAUAUGCUACAGAGAGAAAUGGGCUAAAUGUGAUCAGUGGGCCUAUUUUUGAUUAUAAUAGUGAUGGACACUUUGAUUCCCUUGAUAUCAUUACACAGUAAGUAAAGAAAAAAGGUAACCAGUUUAAAUGUUAGCAUGUGGCACGAGUUUCAUUUUUAUUUAUUCAUUUAAAUCACUUAUAUCCCACUCUUCUGUCAAGCAUCACAGAAUGGCUUACAAACAAUAGCCAAUCUGCCAUCUGCUCAGAGUUUCCCAAACUUGGGUCUCCAGCUGUUUUUGGACUACAACUCCCAUCAUCUCUAGCUAGCAGGACCAGUGGUCAGGGAUGAUGGGAACUGUAGUCCAUCAUAUAUAGUCCAUAAACAGCCAGAAACCCAAGUUUGGGAAACCCAGUGCUAGAUUUUAAGCGAGUUACAGCAGGUGCUCAGGCACAAGUCAGCCAAGAAAUCAAGUUACACUCUGUAGAAUGACUGGCUGUAUGUGAGCCAGCUGAUACCAACAUCUGGCUUGAAAAGAAUAGACAGGUGUUUUGGCAAGGCAGCUGCGGCAAUGCCUCUCCAAAGGGGUAUAGGAGAAUGUGAUGCUAAUGUCCAAUACAAAGAUGAAGGUCUGCCAGGCUUGUAUGCUGAGCACACUGUUUUAUGGAAGUGAGUUGUGGGCACUGCCAGGAGCGACACCUCAAUGCCUUCCACAUGUGCUGCAUUUGGAGGAUUUGGGGCAUCACAUUCCCACCAUGUUCACAUUCUUGUCUCAGCAACGUCUACACUGGCUUAGUCAUGUCCACAGAAUGGAAGAUGGCAGGAUCCCCAAGGAUGUGCUGUAUGGGGAGCUGGCUUCAGGCACCAGGCCCAUUGGCAGACCAACUCUGCACUGCAAAUAUGUGUGCAAGCAUAACAUUGAAGGCUGGCAACAUUCACCUCACCAUGUGAGAAUCCCUUGCAGACGACUGCAAUGCCUGGAGACAGACAAUCAGGUUGUACAUCCAUAGCAGUGACCAGAGGAGGGAUGUCCGCUGGAAGGAGCGCAGAGAGAAGAAACGCCAUGGUGCAUCUGCAGCAGCACAACUGGACGCCUUUAAUCUGGCCCUGCUGCAACAAAACAUGUCUCUCCUAUUUUGGUCUCUACAGUCACAGCAGGCACUGCAACUCUCCCGCAGUUUGACUUCACCUCCAAAGACACACUUCUCCAUUGUCUCUCGAGACAAAUGGAUGCCAACGAUCCAAUGUGGGCUGGCUGAUACCAGCAUCUGGCUUGAAUAGAAUAGAAUAAUUCCAGCCUCACUCCCUGGAUCUUUCCUCUGGGAACAACAGUUGCAUUGCUCACCACAAUUUACCUACAAAUUAGGGGGGGCAACUUGAAUGAAAUAUUGUGGGGGCCCAGGUAAGCCCCACCCCACAUAUUUGAUCACAUGAUGCAGUGCACACAAUAUUUGAAUGGGAAUGCCCAUCAACUUUGUGGGGGCCCAGCCCCUCAAAUAUUUUAUUGUGGGGGCUGAAGCACCCAUGGCCCCUAGAAGUUAGCUCCUAUGCUGCAAAUCAAUAAUUUAUUUAUUUAUUUAUUUAUUUAUUUAUUUAUUUAUUAUACCCCACCCAUCUGGCCAGGCCUCCCCAGCCACUCUGGGCAGCUUCCAACAAAAUAUUAAAAUACAGUAAUGCAUCAAACAUUAAAAGCUUCCCUAAACAGGGCUGCCUUCAGAUGUCUUCUGGAGUAUGGAGUUCUGCUGAUCUGUUUGAUAUGCUCUCUAAUGGACCCAGGAUAAUUUCUUGCCAGCUGCCAGUUUUGUAAAGAGUAUUUGCAAGUUCUGGACAGUUUGGCUGUGCAAAUAGGUUUAUGGUCCGGGUUUUACUGGAUUUGCUGUUUUCUAGGCUAGACUUGAUGCCACAUUUUUCAAACAUGGUUUGGACAGAGGGAAAGAAUUUCUGCCACAAUGUAGGUGGAUGGAUGAGAUGACAGACUAGAGCUUCCUUCCAGUCAAAGGGCUUUAAUAUCCUGUCAGCCACACUGUGCUGUUUAAAAGCUUUUAUAAACAGAUCAAAAUCUGUAGAAAGUUAGUCAUGGCAAGAUAACCCUACCCACUUUUUGAAGAGAGAACUCAUACAGGAAUUACCCUGUGCAUUAAGGGACUGCAUUUGCAUGAGUAUCUGUGACACUGCUUCAGUUUCAGCUAAUGGAAUCUUCUUUGUAUGAUUGAUAAGAAAACUAAUUCCAGGGGCAUCAGAAUUUUACUCUCACAGUUCCUUUUCAAUUAUUGUUUCUUGUUAAAUGUUAAUACAGUUUCAACUAAAAAAAUAGAAAAUCAGUGAAAUGCAAUGAAAAGGCAGAGGUUUAUUCUUUCAGCCUUUUGACCCCAGAUACAAGCAUGCACAUCAAAGGAAUUAUCCAAUCUAAAAAACUGCUAAAAUUGUAUGCCUUUGUUGGUUAAAAUUUUGGACAGAAUAUCAAUCCACAUUGAUACACAAUUUCAAUCCCAUACCCACUUGCCUCAAGUAAACCCAACUGAAUUAAAUGGGAGUUACUUCUGAGUAAAUAUGUACAGGAUUGUGCUGUCAGUUACUGAAACUGAAAAUUGCUGGUUAGGUAUAUGCAGUAUCUGUUAUGCAACAGACAGUGUAAUCCUACCUAAUGAGUGCUGAUUUCCUUCUGCUUCCAGUUAUGGAGCUAUUCUCCAUAAUAUUUCCACAGGGUAGGUAGUUGUAAUUUCAUUGAAUGAAAUGGUGUGAAUAUAAUUUUACAAAAAGUAUAGCUUUUGGUAAACAGCCUUUAAUUGAUCUUCUUUCACAGGCAUGUAGGCAAUUCACAGAUUCCCAUCCCAACCCAUUACUUUGUUGUACUGACUAGCUGUGAGGACCAAACCAACACCCCACUGAGUUGCUCAGGCUCACUGAGUGUCCUGCCCUUCAUCCUUCCUCAUCGGCCCGACAACUCUGAGAGCUGUGGUGUAAGUAUAACAGCAUUCACUUCACAUGCCCCUGCUCUUCUUAUUGGAGAUGCGGUUUCUACAAAUGCGGCCAUCUGAGAAGUCUUUAGUGCCCAGUAAAAUCCAACACAAGGCCUAGCCUAAGAGAUCAUUCCAUUUGACUCUCAACUUACUGACAGUGAUUGUGUUCAAUAUUAAAUAUUCUGGAAGAAUUGCACAUAAAGCACAAAUUAGGUGACAUAUGCCCUCUGUUAUUCAGACCACUUGUGACAUAGUGGAGACUAAGGACUUAUCUACACUUCCAUUUUCCCACCGCUUUUCCCCAGGGAAAGCCGAUCUUUAGUGCUGAAUUGGUACAAACAGCAAUUGGGUUUUAAGUGGAAUGUUAUUUGUUCUAAUUUAUCACUAAAGAGCAGGUUUCCCAGGGGAAAAUGGUGGGGGGAAAGUAAAACUGUUCAAACCCAUGCCUAGAAUGCGUGGGACAAGUGGAAAAUCACUUGGACAAGUGGAAGUGUGGAUGAGCCCUAACAGAACAAUUCUAACCACUGAUCUUCAUUGCCUGCAUGAUUAGGAAUGCACCACAGCUGGAGGGCUACAAUUCCCCAAUUCCUGUGUUAGUAUAUAUGCAUGAAAGUCAGAAAUGCAGUUUUGAAUAAGCAGGAAUUAGAUUUUUAAAUGGUUCCUGAAGAAGAGUUGUGCCAGUUGUGAACAGAUGUAAUUUAUCUGAAGUGCAUUGCCAUCUCUUGCUUGGUUUAUCCUAUUUCUUGACUGUGGGCAUCUGGGACAUGCUGUCCAAUUCUACUCUCCAGUGAAAUUGACACAGCUGGCAAAAAAGCGUUAUCAGUUAUGCCUCCCCAUCACAAUGCCAUAGUGCUGGUUUAUAAAGUAAUACUUUCCUUUUGAAAAAGCACCAAGGCAGCACUGAUGGAAUUGGACAAGGCUUUUUUGCAUUAUUUAGUCUCAGGACAACGUAAGCCACAUAUAACUGGGUGUGCUUUGUAAACGACUGUAAGCCAGUGUGGUGUAGUGGUUAAGAGCGGUAGAUUCGUAAUCUGGGGAACCGGGUUCGUGUCUCCGCUCCUCCAUAUGCAGCUGCUGGGUGACCUUGGGCUACUCACACCUCUCUGAAGUCUCUCAGCCCCACUCACCUCACAGAGUGUUUGUUGUGGGGGGGGAAUUGAAAGGAGAAUGUUAGCCGCUUUGAGACUCCUUCGGGUAGUAAUAAAGCGGGAUAUCAAAUCCAAACUAUUCUUCUUCCUCUAGCUGGAAUGGCUGUAGUGGCAUUUAAAAUGAGAAAAGCAUAACAGAUGGAUGAUAGCAAUGCACAGCAUCCAGAGGGGAGAUAUGCCACUCAGUGGCUGUUCAAAGCAUCUGAAAAUGCAUACAUGAUUUCUGCUCCCAGGGUCAGCACCUGGCAUACUGUAAAGCACUAACUAGGUAGUGCCAAUAGCUGAAGUAAAAAAAAGUAGUUUUUGCUUGUAGCAUUUGCCUUCGGCCUUCCCCUCCCUCUCCCCAAAUAUGGCAUAAAGGACUUGCUGUGUUUGUUCAUUCUGAUAAGUCAUAGCUCAUUGUACUGUUGUAAGGAAACUGUUAAAAGAUAGUGAACAAGUUCCAAGGGCAAAGGAAACAUUCAGCAGAUUGCCAUGGCCUAGUUACCCCAGUCCACAGUGACAGAAAUUUAAUUAGGGAAAAUAAUAAAGUUGUAAGGCAUUUGUAUGCAGAAAUUCCUUGCACUACUGCAACAUUGUUUUUUUGCCUGCUGAUGCACAAUUGAAGUUCUUGUGUUUGUUUGCUUUGUCAGGAUGGGCAGCCGGAAUCACUGUGGGUUGAAGAAAGAAUUCGGACUCAUACAGCUCGUGUCCGUGAUGUGGAGCUUCUGACGGGUCUGGAUUUCUACCCAGAGAGAAAUCAACCUCUGCCCGAAAUCCUACAAUUGAAGACAUUUUUGCCAAUAUUUACAACUCUUUUUUAAUGAGUGUGUGUAAUUUAUUAGGUCUUGUUAAAAUGGUUCUUUCCUUGCCAGUUGGAAGAACCCAGAACACAAACCAAUGCAUGUUUACUUGGAAGCAGGGAUGCGAGGAUAUGACAAUUUCAUUUCUUAUUUUUUUCCAGUCUUAAAUUGGGUUCUCCACAUUUUGCAACAAUUUGCUGUUUUUCUUUUAAAAAAAAAGCCUCAUGAAAAUUCACCACAUUUUAGUUCAAACAUUUUAAUAAACAGUUUUGACUCAUGUACACAUUUUGCAAGAAAUUCCCCCUAAUAUAAUGCAUUUUUGUAAACAUUGUUUGGUUGGAGAACUACAAUGGAAAAUUCAGAUAAGGGUGAAUUGGAACGGAUAAGCUGUAUUUGGAUAUUGUUUGACAGAUUGGGCUUUAAAUAAACAAACAAACAUGCAAUGUAUACUGGAUCAAAUUUAUCCUCAAUCCUUUCUCAGAAGUCAGUCACUUGUGUAUUCAGUGGGAAUGAGUAUGUUUAAGAUUUCAGCCUCAAUUACAGAUCUUCAGGCGAUUAGGGUAGUAAAUGACGACAGGAAAAAUCUCUCCCAGCAUUCCUGCAGCUCCAUGUUCCAUGUGUUUUCCUGGAAUUUGUCCCUCCCUCCCUCUCUCUUUUGAUGGUACAAGGACUUCAGACUACAUG